GUACUGGCGAGGUAAAUGUAGUCACGUGACCUGCUCGUUGCCGUUGGUGAGUUUUUCCCAUUAUGGCGGAGGGGCCAACCGUGCGGAUGGACCGUCUCUCCCACUCCGAGGCUUGUUUUGUGUCUUGAGGGAGGGCGUUUUAUUUUUAUUUUAUUAUUUUAUUUUUUAACAUUUCGUUGUCACAGCCUGGUGUCCUUUCAACUAGACUGCACUCGGUUUUUUUUAUCAGCGAAGUCAUGGCAGACCGCGGCGCGGAUUUGUCCGCCCUGCCAAAAGAGGUUAGAGACCAAUUGGCGGAGUUGGAUCUGGAGCUGUCUGAAGGUAAAGGAGGGGAGGGGGUCUGAUGAUGGGGGGGAUGCUAUGGCAGAUUUUUUUAAGCUAGCCGUGUCUGUCUCAGCUGUCUGGGCGAACGAGCUUUGUCUGAACCGAUAGUUUCCCACAUCUCCUUCUACUUUACGUUUGUGAUAAAUUGAAUGAAGCACACGGCCGGCACAUAGUUAGCUUAUUUUGUGCUAAUACAGGAUGUGAGUGCACGAGCUAGCAGAGCAUGACAAGCAGGAGGAAGAGAAAGGCUUCAUCCAUUUCCUCAUGUCUCCUCUAUCUUAAACCCCUAUGGAAGCUCUUUGGUAAUAAAACGUCGAUGUAAAGAUGCAUUUCUUUGUUAAAUCCCUAUCAGCCCAUGUGUCACACAGCCAUAGCUCCUUGUGUCUCCUUGUGUCUGUGUGUGUGAGGCUGUUGGACAAACUGGGAUGGCCAGAGGCAAGGUCUGGCUAACAGGGCUUGACCCUUCCCUUGUCAUCUUUGUUAUACUUCCUCUUAUGGCAGGAAUUUGAUCCAUCUGUCAGUACAUGGUUUCCUGUCUGACAACAUAGAAGCCUUGUACUUGGCAUAUGGUUUUCAUGUUUCAGCCAAAAAUAUGUCGUUAUUGCAUUUUAACUGUGAGUCAUUGCAACGAGGGUUUAGGUGAAUGACAAGGCCUAUAGUCAUCUUCUCCUCUGGUGUCAUAUGAAGGUACAGACAAAUGACUGCUAUUAAUUACCCAACAUGAUGUAUGACCUCAGUUACAACAACCUAAUAUGCUUGUAUAGACCUGCCAUUAUCAGAAUUAUAGGUGUACGUGGUUACACUGCUCAUCGUGGGUUACAGCACCCUUUGAGACCUGUGUCAGGUGUACAUGUUCUGCUUCAUGUUUGCUCUGCUCUUGUGGAUGUACGGUUAAUGUGUUAUUGAUGUUUCGGCUUAUUUCAGUCUAUAAAUAUCCCAACCAUUCAUUCAUCCAAAGCAUAGUGCUAAUCAACCCCUCCCCCAGAGCAGCUGUUAGCUCGAGAUCUGGUCUUCAUACACUGUCCCAUCACUGACAGUCCCACCGUUUCAUGACCCCUGGGCUUCAUUCUUCUACAUUCCAGCUGAGGUACCUGAGUUCAGUCCCCCCUGCAUGGUGACCAUUCACUCAUACUGGUUAAAAAGUCUUGAAUGGAAGCAGUUCAAUUUCAAACUGAAAGUUACAUUUGAUAGAAGCAAUUGAACCGACAUAUUUACAAGCUAAUAAAUGCUGUUUGUAAGAAUGGUAACAGAGUAGACACAUUUCACAGCACAUAACAGCCAUUGUUAGGAUGUAAGCUCAUGAAUAAGAAAGUCUGCUGUGUGUAUAAGUUGAGAUACCUCUUAGGUAAAUUGCUGUGCAGGUCUGGUUCAGCUAGUAUUUUGCGAUCAGGACGUUUAGUCACAUUGUAGUUGUGGGUUAGAGACGUUCUAGGACAUUAAGUAAGAGAUUAAGACUCAUUUUGCAAAAUAUUCUUUUAAUAAAAAGUAAAUAAGUUGAGGAAAUGGGCAGUAUGUUCUCUAAGAUGUAUAGAUAUAUAGAGGAAAGGAACUUUUUAAAAUUAUUUUUACUGCAGUAAUUAUCCCAUGAGCAGCACUUUGAGUUUUUGAGACAAUGUUGUAGCAGGAACCUUUUCAUGUAUGUUUGCAGUUCUGUGAUGAACUACUCUGACAUUUCAGGUGUCUCAUUUGCUGGAUUAUCCUGUUUUGUCUUACAUGAAUAAAUCAUUACUUCAUUUCCAGGAAAUACCACACUCUUUGAUAUUUGUGAUACUGCAGUGUAUUAGAAAUCAUCCUCUCAUCAUCCUGAACUGAGAGAUGACAGUAAAAACCUUGCCGGCGUUGUAUUUUGUCAGUAAAACAUGGCAAUGCUGUGUUUUUUGUUGGUGUUUCAUUCAAGUGCUUGUGAGAAACAUGUGAGACAUGACAUUUGGAUGCUGAACAAAGCAAAAAACCAAACAACCAUAUCCAAAUGAUCCUGGCAGCCAUGUUUACUUACUGUGUGUUAACCACAGUACAUUGGUUGUCUGACAACAUGGCUAGUGACUGCUUUGCUUUUCAGUUUGCAGCUCUGAAACAUGAAAUGUCCCCAAUAAAGAGGGAAGAAUUGUCUCAUUUAGCCAUGAAUACUUUGUUGUUUUCAGAGUUGUAGCUUCAAGUGCAUGUAAAGGAAGCUGCUUCUUAGUGAGCGGAUACAUGAAGCAUCUUCUAAGUAAUUUCUUUGAGUCUAUAACUAGCCCUCCUCUGAAUCAAGUGCAAAUGCCUGUUCCUGUGUUGCCUGGAUAAGAACACAGGGCUGCCAAAAGGCCCCUUAAAAAACAGCCCAGUUCUGCUAGCCCCCUGUGACCAUGGGGACACAAUGACAACCAUUCAGCUGGUCUGAGCUGCCGUGGCCAGGAGCUCUGCUGCCAUUUAGGCCUUUCAGCUGAGCCCAGCCUUUGUGUGCAUGUUGGAAUGAGCUGCCUCCAUAGGAAGAAGACGGAGGGGCUGGGGGCUGGUCAUACUUGAGAAGAUGACGGUUAGUUUGUAUGACUAAGGGGGGUAGUUCACCUUUCUUACCCGGCCAUAUCUCAGCCAGGACAGGGGUGAAAAGGUCAUGUCCAGUUGUUUCCUGUAGUGACCCUACCUGGCUGACAUUUCUCGCCAGCUGUCCUGCAUGUUAUACAGAAGCCCACUGCUGACUUGACGCAAGCAAUAAUCCAUACAGAUCAUUUUUUCUUCUAUGAAUUAGUUGUUAGUUUCUAGGUCACUGUGCCAUUAAGGCUCCAGAAUACAGAUUAAAAUGACUGGCAUGUCAAUGCUCUACCCCCCACAAGUCAGUAAUUAAAAUAAUCAAAGCAGCCUCUAAAUAGAUAUUCAUUUUGUCUGCUGAAUUCCUGCACUCUUGUCUUUUAGCUGUGUCAUUGCCUCAAAAUGAGACUGCUUUGGGGAACCAAUUUAUCCACAGACUUAAGGGGUUAUCUUCUCUGAAAACAACCACACACAGUAUCUUUAUUGCGUAAAACACAGAAUUUCUCUUUUAAAAAAAGUGGUUCUGAGCUGAGCUGCUGCCAGCUUGUUGGCAGACACCCUGGAUUUCAGGUGAGGAUUCCUUAUGUCUUUUUAUUUUUUAUAAGUUUUUUGCUGAGAGCCAAAUGAUCAACAGAGGCCAGACCACUACCAAACAGAACAAAAAAAGUAACCAGAGCUGGCCAAGAUUAAAAUAAACAGUUGAAUGACAAGUUGCCCUUCAGUGGUGGUUGAGGUAGCAAAGUUGUGGUAUACUUUAUCUCAAAUUCUUUCUCUGUCUCCAGAUAUUCAGUGGCUGAAAUCUUUGAUCAGAUCAAAUAAAAAGGCUUGAGAAACAUGGUGGCAUGUCAGCAAUAAUUUGAAGUUGUCAGCUAAAAUGUCUUGAGUAUUUUUCCAACAGCCUUUGCUUUUGAGAGAUUGAUUUGUUUGCUUUGUGAACUAAUGCAUGGCCGUCUAGUUUGCUGACAUUAGGGCGUUGUGUGGCACCCAGCUGGUCUGAUUGAGGUCCAGAUUAUUGCUUGUAGCUUCAGUUAACCUGCCAGCAUUCAGAUGCAGCAGAAGUUGCUUGUUUCGUCGCUGUAUUAAGAUAAAAGAUCAUCAGUAGAGGAUGACGGCACUGAUAGGGACCCAUUCAGUAUCAGCCAUUCAUCCUCCUGACCUGAACCAUUAAUGACAGCAUGUAGGGCAAAAGCUUAAUAGAUUCUGGAGGACAGACUCUGUUCCAAACCAAAGGAAGGUUUGCUAAAACAUCUUCUUUCUCCCUAUCUCCCUUGUUUUCAAAAAGGAAUAGGCAGCCAACUGUUGUUGUUGCAAAAGUGCUUAUUUUGAGACAGAUUAGAGACGUGCUAUUAGACACUUCCUCAAAGUCAAGGUCAUGUGGUGUGCAGCACUUAUUUUCGGAGAGGAGGUGUGCACUGGCUCAAAAGAGAAGAGGCCUCUCACACGAUCCCAGAGCUGAAGUCUGAAUCUAAACUCAACUUUAUUUCACAGCUUUUGACCCCAGCAGGCAUGAUACAGAGCGCUUUGUUUAGGUCUCUACCAAAUGUUGCUGCGUGGUCCUGCUAAAAGAAGUGGGCAAUUUGUUCACAGCUGUUGUUGUUGUAGUAAUGCAUUCAGCAUUUAUCUCUUCAGUAUGGAAGAGUUUAUAUAUUCAUCAAUCUUUUCAGGGAAAAUAUCUUUAAAGUCUAGAAUAAAGACAUGCGACACAUUCAGGCAGGCCAAAGCAAACCAAAAACAUCUCAAUUACAGACCAUUCGACGACUUCCCAGGAUUCUAUUUGCAGAAGAAUUCAGAAUGACAUGUUAUAAAGUUAAAACUGUGUUCAUCCAAUUUAACUAAAUCGUGCAACACAAUUAUAUAAAUGUCAGAAAAGUACAUUCUUCAAAUUCCCAGUCUUUGUAGCAGUAUCUGUAAAGUCCUGCACAGUUCCUUAGCAUCUCAGUUCAAUGAGCUUUGAAAUGAAGUCUUUGUUUCUGUUUGUAGAAUGUUGAUAGUUUAUGCUUCUGUCAGCAACACCGGGUCAGACUCUUCAAGAACCAAGCUUUUCCCUCACUGCUUCAGAGCCAAGGCCUCAGGUCCGAGCAGAUGGUGGGGUACUCUUGGCAAAAGUAUUUCCCAAGUGUGUGUGUGUGUGUGAGUUUACAGUAUGUUUGCACAUGCAAAUGUGUGUGCAUGUGUCACAAUACUGUUACUGUGAAUAGCUAAUGAUGACUGUGGACUGUUUUCUCUCUCUUCCAGACCUGUUGUAGGCUGAAUUAUUCACAUGCUCUCAUUAAAUACCAGGACACCCUCACAGUGUGGUGUGGGAGUGGGUGUUGGUGUGUGUGUGGAUGGUAAACGUGACUUUUUUUAUGUUCCCAAAAGGUAGAAGUCGAGGCUUGCUUGGAAAAAAAAGGCCAACCUUCUUUGAGUUAACGGCAGGAGAUAUUGACAUCCCACUCAUCAGCCCUCUAGACCUGCACAUGUCUCACUAGUUUCUACAGAAGAAGAUGCUUAACUUGUUGGACAAGCUCACGUGUAAGGUCUAGCUAGGACUUGGACAAUAUGACAGAAAUCAGCAUUUAGUAGUUGUGUGCAGGAAUAAUACAAAACAUGCAAAUCUGUGUGUUCAAAAGCCGUGUUUGUUGUAAAGUGUAAAUGAGAAAACUUCAAAUAAUGAAAACUUAUUUUUAUAUCCAUUUCAUAAGGAGCCUUUAAAGAUAAUUAAGGGGAGAUGAACAUACAGUCACAAUAUAUGUCCACCUGAAGCAUUUAAGUAGAUAAACAGAAACUCACUGUGUAAGGGCUCAUGUGUUAAUGCUCUGUAAGUCUCUGAUGAUAUAGUAAAACCAAAACACAGUGUUAUGGUAAAGUUGUGUAUUAAACCUGCUCUGUUUUUGGGGCUCUGAUCUUCACGUGGACGUCCCCUUUCUUUGACGUAAAAGUCUUUGACUAAAAGUUCACAUCACAUUUGAUAUUCCCUCUCUUUAUGUGAUAAACGGGCGGCAGCUUUUGUAUCUCACAGCUUGAAGAAAAUAACAGUUCAGACAAGCCUGUUUCCUGCUAGUUGUAAACCUGUGAGUCACUGUAAUUAGGUGUGUCCUCCACUCCGAGGCACAUCCAUCUGACACAAAGUGAGAGAACCUGUUUUAGCCUCCCGCCCCACUGGGCUGUUUACUGAGUUGAAAGGUCCUGAUGCUACCUCCGCUCUGACUCACCAUACGGGAGAGUAAAUGGGGAUUUUGUGGUAUCAGACCCUUUCACAACAACACACAUGCGUUCACCUUUUAACCUACCUGUGAUUGCCACUUGUCUGAAGGCGGCUGGAAGCACCUCUCUGACGUUGCAUUGCGUAAUCUUCCCACUUUGUGGCAGGCUGUUGUAGCCUGCAGCCAUUUAGUCAGGGGCCCAGAGUAUGACACACUAGACAUUGUUGACUGAUAUGUUUUAUACCUUAUAGGCCAAGUGAUAAACUUUGGUUUUGAAACACAAACAAGGAUUUCUAUGUUGUGUGUGUUUUUUCCUUUUUUGGCGUGGUCAGACUGGUAGAGCAGAUACAGAGCCCCUCCAAUGUAUUGCAAAGCUAUAUCCACUGGCUGAUGAGCCAUGUGACUGUGCUAAUGCUGAAGAAUGCUCUUGUGAAUAUAAAUAGACCUGGCUGGUAAGACAAAUUUGCUUUCAUGCCCGAGGAGGGGGAAACAAGCAUCUCUUUGACACAAAAGCCCCUCCAUUAUUUCAGUGGAGGCCACCCUCUCAAAAUCCCAAGGAGUCACUUCUAAUUGUGUGCAUGUCUUUCUCGCCGAGAACAAUGUUCCUGGCUAGUAGACAGCCGCGGUAUCAAACUCUUCCACAUCUAACCAACUGGCCGCUUGGCUGCUACAUGUGGGUCACUGUUUCGCCCAUGGGUUGUGUGUGAAAUACCACAGCCUGUUGAGAAGUGCCCUUUUCAGGGAAACUCGCCUGCUGUCUGACCCACGCAAAAAGUAGCUAUAGGUAUGCUAAUUGUCAAAGCUUCAUACCAGUGGUUCUAGGUGUUUGUGUUUACAUUAGGAGUGGGAAAAAAAUCGAUACAGCAUAGUAUCACGAUAUUUUGUAUGGUGAUAUAUCGUAUCGUCACAUUUACCAAGUAUUGAUUUUUCAAAUUAAUUGCUAAUAUGAAGUCAAAUCUAUGAUAAUGGAAAAAUAAAAUCAACUGUUUGUCCAGUGAGGUUGGCAGAGGUGACAUCAUAGAGCAGGAGGAAGUUAGUACAACAAAUAUAAGGUUAGCAAGAUGAGCUACAUGAAAAUAAAAUACAGCAAAAAUAAGACAAACAUAAAGGAAAGACAAAUGCUAAAUUGACUAAAAAGUUGAAAAAAAUUGUAUGAAUUGCAAUAUAUUGUAUCGUAAUACUUUCUGUAUUGCAAAAUGUUAAAAAUAGCAAGUAUCGUAUCGUGGUCCAAGUAUCGUGAUAUUAUCGUAUCGUGGUCUAAGUAUCGUGAUAAUACUGUAUAGUGGGGCCACUAGUGAUUCCCACCCCUAGUUGAAGUCUUAUCACCACUGAUAAAAUGAUGCUGUGGGCUUAAACAGUGAACCUUGGUAAAGUGUUUUUCUUUCUUAGUGCCAUUAAAAUCAACAAGUAUUUCAUCAGAGGGAAUAUGUCAUCUGCUUUGUUUUUUAUGCUGUCAUUUUUGAGGUUGAUAAAAGCAAGGAGUCCUCCUUACAACUUCACUUGCUGAGCUCGGCUGUUUUAGUGCUAUCAGGGCAAAUAUACUCGUGUUCAUCUGUGAACCCCUACACAUAAACAUUGUUUUCUAGAUUUGACUUAGGAUAGCACAGCCUCUGGCGCCUGAUUCAUUGUCACAUGCAAAAAAAUGUAUUUUGAUAAUGCCUUAGCUUAUAGUUCAAUAGUUAAAACAUUUCAUGAACUGGCAGCCAUCAGAGGUGUAAAAGUGAAAGAGAAAAUGCCAUCAAGUAACUUUCCCUUUCAUGUUUCCUCUAGCAUCAACACAUGACUUGUUUUGCACCUUGCUCUGAUGUUGUUUUACAGACGGCACGGCUUAGUUAGCUCAGAAACAUUACUGGAUCUUGUAUUUUAGAUCUUGGAAAUUUCUAUCAUCAUGAGUUUGAUCGCACAAAGGGACUGAGAUAGAUGACUUCUGCAUGUUUGAACCCAAGUCAUAUACAAAGAUUCUCUCUCUUUCUGCUCAUGUUUUGCUUUCUCUCCCCCCAGAUGCAUGCUCUCUCUCUCUCUCUCUUGUCUUACUUUGUGUGUGUGUCUCUCUCAGGGUCUUCAGCUGAUCACCCACUGCUCAUCACUUUAAUGCGUGCCAGGGGAACAACAAGUAUUUUCUUAGCAGCUAAAUGGUUUCUGUACAUGUAGAAAGAGGCUUUUGUCACAUUGAUAAAUCAAGGGCUUGUUUUUUUUCUGCUGUAAAUGUACAAUGAACGUUUCCAGAAGGUCACCUGCUUACUCUGCUGCUGGAUUGUUUUUUUGGACUCGUGCCUUGUGUUUGAAUAGUUUUCUACUUCAUUCUUAUGCUGAGCCAAAUGGUUAUCGAAAUUGCUCAGUGAGUCCUCAGGAAACCCCCUUAACAGGCUGAUGUGUAUCACCUCUCUUGGCCCCUCAGAAUGCAUUGUGCUGGAGUUUGGCUUGUAGUCAUGGACCCCUUUAAUUCAACUCUCCGGAGACUGAGGUAAAACAAAGGCCAUGAAAACACAUCAGAUAGGUGGGGCUUUGGCCUCUAAAUCCUGUGCAGUGAAAACGUGCAGACCUCUUGACCAGUGUAGGCUCACACAAUGAAUGUGAAUGACUCUGAAUAAUAGCAGACAGUUUAAAUCUGACACUUGGGUAUAUCUUCACUUCAGCCUUGGCCAGUCUCACGCUUCUUAUUUCCUAAAGAUUUGCUUGAAUUGGUUGUUUUCUGAUCUGUGUUGCCGUGACAGUUGUUAUGGGUAUUAAGAGCUUUGUUUUUUUAUUGCCGGCACUGAGUUGGACUCUGUUAAGAGGUGAUUUGUAUCUGAGGAUAUAUAUCACAUGCAGCUGCAAGCAAUGACCGAGAAUAUCCUCACAGUAUUUCUCAAACUCCUCUUUUAUAAAAGGCCUGAGUUUAAUUAGGGAUCUUGUCAACAUGUAAAUCUGAAGCUUUUCCAACUAAACUUCCCCUUGUGACUCAGACCCUUUUUCAUACUGUGUACAUUCACUCAGCACAGAAGUUCAGAUCUGUUUUUCAUCUUCAUUUGUUUCUUUCAGCGCUUUAAGAAUACCAGUUUUGAUUGCUUCUCUGGCAAGUCUCUCACGUUGGUACAGCCACUACCUUCCUUCCCCCAUCUUGACUUGAGUGAUAGGGAUUAGCUUGUUGCCUCGUUGCCACUCUCCUGUGUGACCUUGCAUUCCACAUGAAGUGAAACGUUUUUGCUGACACAGAGUUUGGUGUAUUUUACACUCAGACAUUCCUACAGUAUUCUUCAUCACUCAUCCACUGUUGCACACCUUGUUGAGCGUCCCCGCAGAUUUAGAGCCAUUAUCCUCCAUGCAGUUAUACAUUCUCAUCCUGAUGACAGCCUGUUUAAUGACUAUGAUAGUAAGUGGUGGGAGGUCAGGACAGUGAGCCGUCCACAGAGUGAAAUGCAAGCUCUGAGGCCUUUGAGGUCUGGGUAUCAGCUGCAGACUCAACAAUUGAGAUGUGAGUGUGCCUCAAAGGCCAUUCAUGGCUUUUUAAGAGCUUACAGUAUUGAUUUAUGAGUCAGCUGUCUGGUUAACAUUCUUUACUCUGCAUCUGUGUCCUCUUUUAACCUGUUAUCCAGCUAUUAAGCAGCGUUAAAGUGCCUCAUUUUUGAAUAUGUUGGCAAGGGAUGAAUCACAAGAGAUAGGGAUGUUCUUGGGCUGGGCGAUAAACCGAAGAUUUACUUAUACCAAAAUUCACAACCAUAACUGACGUCAUUUUGCCCAUGUCAGUAUAUUCUGUGUCAAAAAAAUAAAUAAAAGUUGGUUUUGGAUGUGUGUUGGGUUGUUAUGGUCUCAUGUCCCUUUAAAAUGCUGUCCUAUGUCAGGGACAUGACUCCACCCCAUCCAGUCCGUAACAAAGAGGGAGACAGGUGAGGAGAUGGAGGACAAUUCAAAAGUUGUAGCAGUUGGAGUGGCGGCUGAAGUAGACAAAGUUAAUGUGGGAGGGGGUGAGCAGCUUGUGGAGUAGUUAUCGUCCAUUUAUCGUUAUCAGUCUGCUCAAUAUAUUGUGAUAUUGAUUUAAGGACAUAUCGCCCACCCUUAAGAUGUUCAAUAAAUCUCAGAUCAUCAAAAUCCCAAAGUGAACAUUUGCAGGACAAAUUACAAAAAUAUUUAUUUAUUUAAAUAAUAUAGGAAAGUACUCAUCACUCAGCAGGUGUAUUAUACUUGGCUAAUACACUAUUUUGAAGAAGCCAUAGAAGCUUAAACCCGCAGUGAGGUGGCCUCAGAUUAUUUGGUGAUAAUUAAGAGAUGAAAAAAAAACAGUUCUGUGGAUGUGCGUAGAUUCAGGACAAGCAUGAUGCAAACACAGGUAAUGUGCAAACAGAACAGCAGCUAGACAAUAGAAACUGUGAUAUAGUCUCCAAUACUUGUCUCUGAACAUAGUUCUGAUUGAUGUCACAAUAUUGAAGAACGUUAUUGCACAUGGCUAUGUUUCUUUUACAUCAUGCAGUCCUAGUGUCAGUUUUGCUGGGUGAAAGGCUGAACCAAGAGGUGUGAGAGUAAAAAAUAUUUUCUAUUUUGUUGGAGAAAAAUAGACUUAGAGUCAAAUUCUAAAAGAAAAAAGUGUUUAUUUUAUAUUUUCAAACUACACUUGGGUUUUAAAACCAAGGGGAAAUCCAGUUUAGAUGACGUACAAGGUACAGUGAACCUCAGGUCACAUAUCACUGCUGACCUCUUUAAUCUCUUCACUACAACACCGCCACACUGAGAGUUGACACCCCUCUCUCACUUUCACUGCUGAACCUGUUACCCAGUAAUGCAAAACACUGGUGUGCCAUGGAGUUUGAGCUAGGGUGACCAUACGUCCUCUUUUACCCGGACAUGGCCCCUUUUUUGGGGGGCUGUCCGACCUGUCCUGGGGGAGUUUAUAAAAUCCUUCAAAUGUCGGUGGUUUUGUAUAGAAGUUUUCAAUGGACUCACUGAGUUUAGAAAAAGGGCGUAAAAAACACGCGACCUGACCCGAAAAACCCUCAAAAUUUUGCACUCAACUCCGCCCUGCAUAGAAGUGUUCUCUUUUUGGGGAUUCAGAAUAUGGUCACCCUAGUUUGAGCUAGGAUGGUGUCUACAUGCUGUCUAGUUAGACUUGAUUUUAUUUUGUCGGUGUCUGCACUCUGCUCUAAAUUAAGCCAGAGUCCGGCUGACCUUAUAGCACUGCCCUCAUGGUCAGAAUUCAGUUGAUAAAACGAAAUAGUAAACAUAGUCAUAGAGCUCAGUUGCACCAGAAUGGACUGUUUCAGAGUACACAACACCAGAGGCAGGUUUCACCCAAAUGAUUUAGACUGUUCUGUGUUGUAGGGCCAGUUACAGCUUGUUGUGGAUUCUGAUUGUGUCAAGCUUUGUAUUGUCAGUGAUUUAGCAGUAGAUAAGCUGGUUUAAUAAACUUGAAAAGGUCUGUUUCCAUCUGAUUUCAAUCUGUAUUUUAAGGCGAACUGUCUGAGGGCACUUUCUUCACACUACACCAACUGGUGUGAGAGUUUCUUCAUAAUUCUUUCAUCUUCUUCUCAGAAAGAUACACAAAAUAAGUGAAAAAUAAAAAAUGUCUCAAAAUAUUUAAUCAUGCUGGAGUGUAAAAAACUUAAAGCUGAUCAUUUUGUACAGAACAAUUGCCCUGUAGAUGACUAGAUGGGCUUUAGUGCCUUUUUUUUUAUACAUUACACUUUUUUUUCGAGGACAAAGGCAUGGCUGUUACUGGUUUUAUUCAAGUUUUAUUCAGUCACAUCACACCCACACUCCUGAUCUGUAUGAUGUAAACUGAUAUCAGCUGUUAAUGCACAGGAGUGAUUGAUCUUCCCAGUUGCACCAGUUCUUCUGGUACAGCGCCGGAUCACGUAUCCCCUGAAAAGGAACCAUUAAUUAAUCAUGACAUUGGUUUGAUAAGCCUGAAUGUCAAAGCAUUUUCAAGGAACUGAUGUGCCGUUCUAAGCAUACAAUAAUCCAUUAUAGGAAAGCUGAAUAACCUGACCGACCACAUCUGUAUGAUUUGGCCUCUUAUCUCUGACAGUCUUGCUCAGCUGGUCACCUCAUUCCUCAAACAGAACACUUUCCAGCUAAUAGGCCACUAUAGUGAGUUAGGUGUGCUUUAGGGCAGCCUGUAGAGUAAACCCUGCCUUUCACUAACAUGCAGACGGUUUGUGUUAGUGUGACGUUGGUGGCCUGACUCAGCAAUGAACCAGUUGUUCUGAUCACCUUGAGUCUGAAUGCUUUUGUAAAACAAAAAAAAUAUUUUACACCAUCUCUGUUGUAGUGGUCAGGGAAGCACUGAGACUAUAAAUAAAUGUACGAGUGUACCAACAGAAGGAUUUAUGCCUCAGUUAGUGCUGACCAUCCUGUGUGAUUGUGCUUUAGCGAAGGAAAUGGAUCAUUGUUCCAACUGUUCAUAGUUUAUAGUCUUCAUCUCAAACUUGAUCUCAGCAGCUUAUAAACAAUUGACCUUAAGUGUUUCUGUCCUGUACAGGACGGCCUGACCCAAUGAAACCAUCAGAUGCUUCAGUCAGUUAAGGAGGGUGGUAUCACAACUUGUGCAGUAUGUUUUUAUGUAGGUGUGGCCGAUUCUAUACAGUAUAUGCUGUGCUCCUGACUACUCAAUAUGAUGACAGUAUUGGUUAAACUUAAUUGAAGGAAUAAGUUAGUGCUGCAUUCAUGGUACAGCUUUUGUGUGUUUACAGGGUGAGUUGUUUUGUCUGAGUCCUUUGCUUUAUGUAUCCUGACAGUCAAACUUUGCAGCUUUACCCAAGCUAUUCUUUAGGUCUUAUUUAGUCUUUUAGGUUAUUAAAUAGUGUCUUAAAUUGAAAUAGGCUUCUUUGAUGUAACCUUCAUUCACUUGUCAUGGCUGAUCAGCAUUUAACUAACUAAAAAAAACUAAAAAUGUCACAUUAAGAGUAUUUCCCCAUAGUGAAAACCACCGACUUUAUUACAUUUUCAAACAUGGCUCAAAGACACAUGAAGAGUAAGUUUAUUUUCAUCGAUUUUGUAAAGGAUACGUAGAUGGAGCCAGACAGGAAAUGUAUAUUUUUAAAUGAAAGAAAUAAUCACUACCAUAUAAAGUAAUGUGAGUAUAAAACGAUAAAAAAAUGGUCCUGUUCCAUUCAUUAGGAUUUGACAGUUAAGACAGUAGGACCUCCAAAUACAAACCAGACCUCUUUUCUGAUGUCAGGAGGAGCAACUCUCCUUCAGCCUUUUCUCAGCUGGCUGCCAGAUUUCUUCAUCCAUCAAGGGAUCGCAUCAUCUACCCUGUCUGCCUUAAAACCCCCACAUGGGGCAGCCAGGUCCCAGAGGAUUUGUAGGCCUCCUUUUGGAGUGGAAAACAUUGGUCUUGGAGAUGGGAGGCUUUUGUGUGAAUGUUUCUAUCUCUGUUGAGACAUGAACUACACAGCCCCUGAGUGAGAUUUCAGUACAGCUGCUGAAACAUUGACGUUUCUGUUGUGUUGAAGGACAUUUUCACACAAACUUGGAUGCUCGUUCAGGUUUCUGGUGAAUAUUAAGCACUUGAAAAAAAUGAUCAACCUCAUAAAAAACCUUGUACCCAUAUCUUUUUUUCGUCUAGCAACAGAUACUCAGACCCAUAACACAUGAAAAACUGAGCGGAAUCAGCGAAAAUGUUCAGGAGUAGUUCAACUACUGUAAGAAUGACUCUGAGCACGAGUUUAAAACAACAGCAAACUAGAUUGAUGCCGUCUUUUCUUCAUGCUUUGUGUUAAUAUUAUUACUGCAACUAAUGCUGUAUCCAAAAGUGACUGAAGUCACAUGAAACUCAAAUAAAAGUUAGAUUUACUGUUGCAUGACCAAAGUACCUCCACGCUAGUAAAGCUUGAAGUUUGUUUGAACUUUUCUUGAUAAAGUGCUUUGACAAUUUUACAUUGAUAACCUAAUGUCUUUUGUGCUUUCUGCCAUUUCAAACACAUAACAAAGCUUAGGAACAAAAAAAAGUCUCAUUGGUUUAAUAUAAUUGUGACAUUUUAUCUCAUAAGUAUGAAUUAAUAUCUUGUAACAGUGACUGGGUUUUUCUAGAUGAAGCGCCCUUGUUUUUUGGACUGGUAGAGAUGGACUGUACAGCAGGGGCUCAGAUAGAAAGGCAAACGAUGUCAGCUCUUGUUCACAUUAUAUGAGGGUUAAAAAAGGAAGCUUAAUCAUCCUUGAAUGUAAACCUAGAGUAUAGGUAUGCACUUUUUUCUUGACUGGCUGUAAUUUCAGAGCAUCGACUCUGAAAAUAAGCCGAUAACAUCUACUUUACCCAAUGACCAGGUGCGGUUAAAAGCUUCGGUGACACUCAUACAUUUGCAUUUCCUGCUGAGUGCUAUUUAACCACGUUCUUCUCCGCACAGCCUGCCCCUUGUUUUUGUGUUUCUGCUCUGAGUCUCUAUAAAUAAGAUCCUGUGGGUGACGUGAGUUCCUUUCACAUCCCCCUGUGUUUAUGUGUGUAUUUACAUGUAAAUGUGUGUGCACUGUGGCUGUUGCUGAGAGUAUUUGUUUUUGUGCUCUGCAUGCCUCCUUGCUGUCUCCUGCUCACUGAGACCCUACGGGGAAAUAGCUUUCUUUUAUUUGCUGAUAUCUGUUUUCUCGUGAGAGUUGUGUGUCAGUGUUGUAUGCUAGCAUCACAUUCAGCAGUGAUAAACAAAGACAGCUUUGUGCAGAUUGAACCAGUAUCACUGGCUGAAGGCCCGACUAUGACCUCACAGGGUUUGACACAGUCCUCCUCAGCAGACUAGCCUGAAUUUGGACCUUUUAUUUGUCUCAUGUAUCCUUAGCAAGUCCACACAAAAGCCCAGACAGGGCUAUUUAAUCUAUUAGGUUGUCUGUAAUCUCAGAUUACAGAUUAGGAUAAAGCAAAAAAUGCAAACGCCAGGGGAUUUUUACAGCGUGAAAGCUGGGCUUUAUUCAUUUCUAUCCAUAUAAUCUCAGGAGUCAUCCUCACUGAAUCGUGUGUGUGCAGCCAUGCGUUAGUGUGUAUCCUGUGUGACAUGUAGGUGUCCAUGUUAAUACAGGGAAAGGAACUGAUACUUUAGGCCAAGGGGAAAUUGUGGGUGGUAGAAACUGUAAUGUGGCUUCCUCUUAGAGCUGGGUGCUACGAGGCUAAUCUGCCCACAGUAAUUACAGAGCUCCACCAGCGGGGGGGUUUAAUACAUGUGUCUAAGUAAGGGUGUCAGUGAGGGGUCUUAACGUAGUAUGGAUUUGUUCUGCAACUUCAGCAGAAAAACAGAAACCAUCAUGGCUAAUGAGGUGUCAUUGCCGCAUGAAUGAUGGACACAAAAGUGGAAAUCUGGAACGUUGCGUAUCGUUUGUUUACCAAGAAGUCGGUAGAGUUUGUCCGCGGUAAACCAGGGAAUGCUUGUGAGUUUAUCAGCUGAUUCUUAAAAGCCGUUUAGGACCCUCCACCACACUCGCAUAAUCUGGUACCUCUGUGCUGUGUGACUGACUUUAAUCUGAUUGUUCCUGUUGGUAUGUUGUAAAGUUAGCAGAUUAAAAACUACAGUCAGGACUCUCCUGUCUGCCAGCCUCAACCAUCAAUUCCUCAUUCCAUCGUAAACAGAGAAACAACAGCCCACCAGCGAUCUCUCACUGGGGAAAAAAGACCCCCUCAAAACUGUGCUGACUGUGUGAUUUUUACUGCAUUGCAGCACUGUUGUUUCUGCUGGAAUAUUUCCAUCAUCUUGUUGCUGAAUCUCAUCUUCAUACAGUGCCAAGUACAUCUAUAACCCAGGGUGUUCCCACUUUAAAGACGAAAAAAGAAACUAAAGGCACUUUCAGACUUAAUUUUUCAAAUCGCUGGUGGGUUUUCCUCGAAUGAAAUGAAUUCUCAGUACCAAACAGAUGGAAAACUUUGGCUGUAGAAAAGUGCUUCACUAAGCCUCUAAGGCAGAGAAGAGCAUUUUACAAAAUUAAGAGGAGUUAGUCAGGAGCCAACUAAUAUCAGUUAAGAGGAAAAAAAAAAUCACAGUUGGCAGCCAGUGUUACUCUGACUGAAUGAAAAGUGAGGGAGCUCACUGCCUGUGUUGGAGAGGGUUGUACUAAAGUGCUGUUUGCUGAAAGUAGCAUCUCAAUAAACCCUUGAUUUCACACUGAAGAAAGUCUUUAAAAUUUUGCAGAUACUUGUCCUCUUCUAUUUUCAUUAUUCAUUUCACAUGUUGCUGAAUAGCCGUCCCCACAUCCAGCUUACUUCUCUAUUCGUAACCUCAGCCCUUCCUCCUCAGUCCUCGGUGACUGUGUUGUUCUCAUACUUGUGUUCAUUACUCAUCAUUUACUCAUCAUUUAUGUGGGAUUAGUGUUCCUCUUUUUACUGGUUUGAGAAAACCAAGCCCAUUGUUGAAAGCUAACCAAGAAACUACACUUUAUUCCUGUCAAUUACAGUCAGUUAAUUCAGUGUUUCAGCUGCUCUAAAAGCCCAAAGAAACAACUUGCAAGACAUGAAGAUUUCGUCACCAUAAAUGGAAUCACAUCAGCUCUUAGACAGCUCACAUUUGCUUAUAUCUUUCUUGGUGUCCUAUCACUGAGACCCUAAAGAAAGAAAGUCUUUAUUUAUAAUUGACGCAAUAGGGAUGAUGCAGUUUCCUGGCUGUCAAAACAGAAAGUUGAAUUCUGACCAACAGGCUAGUCUAAAGGUAAGAAAACACCCAGAAAACAGCCGUAUUGAUCUAUUGCUUUUGGACUUUUGCUAAUUGCUGAGCACCAGUCAGGGACCAUUGUUCCAGAAAAGUCUGUUUACAUCAAUGUGAAGAGAUUGGAUAAAACUGGUGGUGUAUUCUGCUUCUGACACCCCUCAAAGUAUUGGUUUUGCAGGUGUUGCUAGAAGUUUUAGAGCUAGUUGGGCUUAAAAAUGCCUACUGCUAUUCCAUCUAUUCCAGUGAGACAUGGUGCUGUCAAAGAAUAUUUGAAAUUCAGAUAUAUGUUCAAAUAUUUUUUAAACUUGCUGUAACAAAAUUUGAAAAAAUCUUUCAUUUCUGUUGAUGUCUCCCUGUCACCUGCAACAGCGAAUGAGCCCAUCUGUGUAAAGAUAAGUUAUGUCUACCUAGUAAAAAUGGGACCCAGUGGUCAGGUCAGGACCAUGAACAGAACGAUUUAUGGCACUUAGACCAGAGAUGACCCACAUGUUUUUUUCUCUUCAUUUUGCACUGAAAACACACAUUUUACUGUCACUACACAAACGGUGACAACGUCUUGUAGCAGGAGACUCCUGCAGACACCAUGUCAUGUUACAGCUGCAGCCACAGAGUGAGAAGCUCCUCCACACCAGAGACAGACAGACAGAGCAGCUCUGUGUCACUAACCUCAGUAGUCCUGCUGCUCCACGUCUGUCAAACACUGGCGGGCUGACCCAGACUCACUCCCCAUUUCAAAUAUAUUAAAAAAGUAAGUUACCUUAAACUGCUCACAAGAAGUUCCUUUCUGGAGCCACAUAUGUGUCUUUACGACAAUACGCGAUAAAACACUACCGAUUUUGUCCAUAGUGGCCGCUAAAAUCAACAGAAAAUAAAAACUCCAUCGAGCUGCUUUGACAGCAGACAUACAGAUGCAAAAAAACUGAUACUUUACUGAUAAAAAAUACACUUAUAUACUGCCUCUUGUUGCAUGAUCAAAUAGAUAAAUGAUUAGAUGAUAGUUGAGUGGCCCAAACCUUUGUUUCUUUUAGAGGGAACAUUCAAACGCCCCUUUUGGUCAAUAUUCACAGCUCUAAUGGGACAGCUAUCCCCCUCCUUUUAUGGGCAAAGCGAGCUGCAUUGCUCACAGCUGAUGCAUGAUGAUUGAGUGUUCAAUUCAAUCUAGUAGGAGACAUCUGUGUCACUCAGUAUGUAGACAUACUUCAGUUUUAGAUUAACAACAGUGUUUGCCAGUUACUGUAGAAGUGCCUUACAGAGUACUAUGACUCAAAUUUGAUUCAUAAGGGGAUGACAUUUCAGACAGUUGACCUCAAAACAUAUAAAGAGGCACUUGACUUGAUGUUAAUACUUCCCUCACUUUGAUCUUGAAUGAUAGAUCCUUCACUGAGUUAUCAGUUGUGUAUCUGGACUUUGCACUUAAAGCAGAACACACAGAGUUAAAUCAAUAUUUCCUCAUGCAGUAUUUCAGGAGCAUUGGGCUUUGAACACUUUGUUUUUGUCUGAAACCUGUAAAACUAUAAUGUAGAUUCAUCACUCUGAACACCAAACAGUGAGCUGAAGGCACCAUUUUAAGUUUGGAUCAUUUUCAAACUUGAUCAUUUACUCAUGAGUCUAAAUCAUAGAUCACAGUCGUAUUCACAUUUUUAAACUCUUAAAAGAUGUACUCAGUGGCGACAACCAUCACAGUGUUUAUGAAAUGAUAAACAGAUGAGCUGCACAAACACAAAAGGUUUCUCUGUACUGGAUCAGGUCAGAGAAUGCCUCUGCAGAUUAAAACUGAAGUGGUCACUAAUGCUUGGAUGCAUGACUUCUGCUGUGUAAUCCUUUUAUAUCAGAGUCAGCUUCAGCUGGCUGCAAUCAUUAGUGUAACUUACUGAGAAUGCUGUUUGUGUUUCUGAUCCCCUCUGUGACCCUGUGUGCCAUCAGCUGUGAGAGGAUCAGCCCUCUCUCUGACAUGUCUUGAGGGCAGAGGUCAACAACAGCUGUUUAAAGGAGGGUCAGAGGGUCACUACCAUCAUGUCGUCUUUAAUCAACCUUUGAAACAGAUUCAGGUCUUCCACUGUUUAGACACUCAAUUUAAUUCAGAUUAUAAAAAAGACUAAAUGGGAUUAUUAUGGUUCAGUUCUACCAACAGGUUUCUCUUUAUACUGAAAGACACAAACUUGACUGAGCAGGUCACAUGUGCUUCAACAACAACAACAACACAUGCACACACGUUCCUGUUUGACACACUGACACACAUUGCACAGAGAAGGCCUUUAAUGCCACUCAUCUCCGGGGUCAGUUAGUAUUCAUUCCUCUGUGUACUGUAGUACAAGUUAACCUGCACCAGCUGUGUAUACACACACACACACUUACAUGCAGAUACAUUCACUUCCUGCACCCCAGGGGACUUUUUGGCCAAUGAGCUCUCCAUCCUGGCCAGUUGGCCCUCUCUGUUAGCACGGACUACACCAAUCAGCACAUUCCUCUUUCUCUAGACAGACACAGGGAGACGGUUUUGGCAGUGCACUCACAGGGUGGGGUAACGUUCAUAUCCUGUCCCCCGACCUCAGAUUACACACACAUACAGACACACACACACAAACACACAGUCACUGUACUGUUUUUUCCCUCAUUCUAGCACUCAAAACACCACAUUCUUGCUCUCUAAACAUGCAGCUUUUCUUCUGUUUUGAAGCAGCUGUCACAGUCACUCUUUCAAACCGGAGCCCUCAGUGUCUGUGUGCCAGUGUGGUUGUGCCAGUCCACGCCUGUUGUUAUGUCCCACACCAAUACAGACUCUGCUCUGUCUGUGUUAAUGACCUCUCGCUCCAUCUUUCCAUCCCUCCCUUCCUCCCUCCCUCCCUCCGGGCACCACUUGGGCACCACCGAUCCCAGUCUCUUCAACAACAAUGACGCUCCUGUCCACUGCAAUCAAUUUGUUGUUGAUUUUUAUCCUCGCACAUCUUCUCUCUGAGUGUUAACUAUGCAGCCGCAAUUUAAAAAGUGAAGAAAUAGAGAUUAUAGAAAGUUGUGCACCCAGGCAUGAAGUUGGAGUUAAAUACUGUUCACCCCAUUUGAGCUUUUUUUACCUAGACAAAGACAGAGCACUCGAUCACACAAUCCUCUUUUUUAAAACAUUUCAUUUCUUGUCAGUUGUAUGCACUCUGCUCUCCUCUUCCUCCCCUCUUACUCAUAAUUUCACAACGGUAUGAAACCUCAAGUGGUCUAUGCCUGGAAAGGAUCAGCAGAGGAAUCAAAUUCCACCCAUACUGCAGGGUUUCUGCUGGGUCUUAAAACGUCUUAAAUCUAAAAAUUUGAAUUUAAGGGCUUAAAAUGUUAAAAAUUCUCUUAAAAACCUCAUAAAAUGUCUUAAAUACAAAUUUGAAAGGUCUUAAAAGUAUAUGGAUGUUACUUACAAAUUAAGAUUGAUUUGAAGUUAGUUUAAAAUGUCUCAAUUUCCCUUCAUGUCUUUUGUAUUUUUUUGCCAGUAUGGACGUAAAAAUGGAUCUUAAAUUGUAUUCAUAAAAGUCUAGAAAACCUCCACUAACAAUAGUUUUGUUGUUUUUUUCAGGCAAACAUCACACACACACACACACACACACACACACACACACACACACACACACACACACACACACACACACACACACACACACACACACACACACACACACACACACAGGGAUAGUGAGUGACCAGGGUGUGUGAGAAAGCCUUAACACACAAGACACUGAAUCUCAGUCACACAUGGGACUCCCCACCCUGUGCUGACUUCUCCGGCUCAGUGCUGCUCACCACCCUCUGAUUUGCUGUUUCAAAUUCACUUCCCCUUCUCUCCCAUCAUCUUUCUGUUGUUUAAUUUACAUACACACUGUGGAGCUUUUCUGAUUUUGACUGAGGAAACAGUAUAGAAAAUUCAUAACGCUAUUGGGAGGUAGGACAGUGGAUAGAAUAAAAAAACUAGGAAAAGGACAUGUCUGUACAAGCGAAAAAAAAAUCCCUGAAACUGAGUUUGUUACACCAUUAAUCUGACACAAUGUCUGCCUCUACUGAUGACUGUUUCCGAGUAAAACAGAGGAACCGACUUCUGCUGAAAUUUCUUAUUACGACACAAGACACUGCAUUACUUACAGAUAGUACAGAAUGAGUCUAAGCUUGCAAAAUGACGUGUUAAAUCAGUGUUAGCACAAUCUUUUUUAAUACGAAGGUAAAAUGAUCAAAUUAAGAGUAAACAGCUUCACAUGAAAAAUCUCUGCUGCUGCUGCCAGGCUGUUCUUAGACGUGAGGAGGGGGCGGUUUGACUGACAAGCUUUAAUGUUAGCUCUAUCUUCAUUGUGGAUUCUUCUUCUUGUUAGUGUACCGAGUCAGGCAUUAUUACAGCAGGCACAUUCAUACAGGGUGUGUUUUUACACCGCAUCAAAUUGAGAAGAACAUUUGGAUUUUUUACCAGUUUGUACUGGUUGGAUCACUCUGUGUCACCUUUCACCCCAGUCUAGUACCAGAAUGGAAACAGUGUUACAGAGUGUCUCUAACACUCACACACACACACACAUGAAGCUGUUGUUCGCUCUGCUGGUGACUCUCACUGCACGUUUAUCGCCUCACCCCCACAUUACCCUCUCCUCCCUGUUAUCCUUCUUUUUUUUCUUUUUCACCUCCCCUCAGUAGGUCGGGGUCUCCUUGUUGUCACGGGUUACAGUGUGGAGGAGGUGUCAGUGGUUUGAGGCUAAGCAGUCCUUUGGCACACUGCACUUGACAUAGCAUACACUGUUAUCACUGGACACAGAGGAAGGGAAAUAAUAAUAACUGAGAGAAAGUUUGCUGUAGCCUGUUGUUUGUGUCUACAAGGGAGUUUGUGUGUAUAUAAGUGAACUCCUCAGGGUGUGUCUUUCAUGCAUAUUUGCUGCAGAGGCAGCAUGUGUGUUUAGGGGUCCCCAGUUAGGCGGACUUUGUCUUUCUCUUUAGCCUUACAACAAACUCUGGUAGCAUUGGGAGUCCUGCCAGUCCAAGGCCGACAGAGGAAGGGAAGGGGUGGAGCUGGGUGUACAGUGGGAAAAGAGGAGGUGGAGGAGGAGAUAACUGGUCGAGUCCCAUGUGAAACUUACUCACAUGGCUUCCUUUUCUUCUCUGCUUUCCAUCCAAAACUUUCCCCGAUAGCCUUCAGUUUUGCCAUUGUUCUCAGCCUGGCCCAGUUAUCUGCGAGUCGCCAUAAUCAUAUUUUGGUUUGCAGCCCCAGAGAGACUCUUGUGCUCACGUCAUGUUUGUUCACCGGGCUGUUGUCAGGCUGAACAAUGGAGUUAUCUCCUUCCCUAAGUUGUAAACGGAAUGAGUUGUCCAAUAGAUUUACUUUAAAGAGGAUUAUUAUUAGGAUGACUCAACUCUUACACAUGUGUGAGCCUAAGCAGAGGCUGUGUUCCCGAGUGUUGCUUGCACUUUGACAGAGUUUGUUGUUUGUGUAGUCAGCUGUGUAAGUGUGGUUAUCAUGACUAAUAUAACGGUUUGGUGUUGCUGUCCUCUCUCCUAGGUGACAUCACACAGAAGGGCUAUGAGAAGAAGAGAGCCAAGCUGCUGGCCCCCUACAUCGCCCAUUUGCCAAGUAAGACCAACUCUUCUGCUCCUCUUUGCCGUUGCAUCAUUUCCCCCUAAAAGCUCUUCUUUUUCUUCUUCUUUUUUCCUUUUUUUUAAGUGUCACCCUAACCUGUCAGCAAUUUCUGUGCUGGUCACACCACAGUGCAGGAACUUAUAGCACUUACAUCAGACGUUGUUGAUAAAUGACCUCAGAAACUGGAAGUUGCUCCUCAGCUGAUGCCCCCCCCCUCCUUUUGUUUAGUUAGAAAUGACAUUAAAAACAGCCAUGUGAGUGUGGUCUCAAGUGUGUUUUUCAGCUUGAAAAAAACAAAAGCAACUUCACAGAAUGUCUACUCUGAAGGGAAAUCCCUUUCAGUGAGUUGUUAAAGGGACUGUCUGGUUUUCUGUGGCACUCUAGUGGUCGAAUUGGGAACUACAUGCAAACUCCCUAAAACAGUAUGAUAUUGUGAAAGAGCUUCUUUAAAAACUGCAGCAGAACAUUUGCAAACCCUCCUGAAACAAAAGCUUAUUGUGCCCCGAAGUCUUUAACACAGUGUGAACACACUUUGCUCAAACCACAGUUCGUUUACAGGCUCUCAUGAAAAAAGGGAAUAAUAACAGAGCUCCACUGGACUAUCAGGCAGUGAGUCACCUCAUUGGUGAGUUGUUUGCUGACUCGCAUUAGGGUGCGGUGCACCAUAUUAGCACUGGCUUAAAAAAAAAAAAAACUCUUGAUUUGUCACAGAAGCUAAAAGAAAAAAAAACUGUAUUUAACUUUACCUCUUGCUGCUUAAGCUCUGCCUUUUUCUGGCCUGAGCAAGUAGUUUUUUUAUUUUGAUUUUUUUGGUGAAGUCCACAAAGCAGCCCACUUCCAGAUGCCAAGAAAUCAAAAUAUACCCAUAAAACCUUUGCUGCACCAUAGGUAUUGCCUUUAAAGUGCUGUUGUAUUGCGAUCAAAAUCAAAAUCAAAUGUACUGCAAUAGUUACAAAAUAACUUUAAAAGCAAUCAUCUCAACAGUGAAAGAAGUUUUCCCACACAGUAAAUCAGUAUACUUUAUAAAUUGCCCAAGUUAUUAAUAAGGCUUUAUAACAUGACACAUGCAAAAAGGCUUUGAUUAUUUUUCUUUUUUCCUGUUCCCCUGUGCACAAAUAAACUAUUUUCCUUAUUAUUAAAUUCAUUAAUUACAGCUGACACACCAUAAAACGUUUUCUUCCCCAUAUUUCUAAUCUCAUACUAGAAAGCCAGUACAGGUGUAAACGGGCUUUUAUUAACUUUGACCAUUUUGGUUUCCUGAUUCCAACAUUUACACCUCAUCCCAGUUGUUGAAAACCGAAGGCAUACAGUAGUCACCCUGGCUGUGUUGUGGACAGGUUUCCCUGCAUGUCUAAACAGGUUUUAGGAAGCUUUGAAGCUCCAAUGAUGGCCUCUUACUUCAGCACCCAUCCCCUCAGGCCUCCUUAUACAUCUGAACCAUCAUCUACUUACAGGCUUUACCAGGCUACAUAAGAGGACAGCUGAUUGAAAACAUUCAAAUCUAGCCUAGUUUCACAUACGGGUUAAUGGAGUCAAGCCCAUGUCCUUACUUCAUGUUAUGCUAAGAAGCUCUGUAGUGAGGCUAAAUUUAGAGAGCUUUUCAGUGUACUAUAUAAUAUUUAUGCCUACAUGAAGCUGUAAUGGCGUUAUGUAAAACAACAGAGUGUAAGAUAUUCUCGUGCAUCUUUUCAAGAGUUUGUCCUUGUUUGUUGUUCGUACCAUUGCCACAUGUUUUCACUGACAUAUACACGUGCUAAUACACGCCCCUGCUCUCUAGAUGUGGAUCUGUCCCUGCCAGAUGUGCAGCUUUCUCCGGGCCACAGUGCUGACCCCAGCCCGAGUCCUGAAGCCCCGGGCCCCUCCACGUCAUCAGCUUCCAGACACCACCGCGCACACCGCAGUGGAGGGGCCAGAGAUGACAGAUACAGAUCAGGUAAACAACAAGGAGACAUAAAACGAUCAUCUCAUCAAACCAUCAUGAUAUAUCGUCUCACUUUUUGCCCUGUCUUGUUUUUAUUUUAAUAUUUGUGCAGACAUCCACACAGAGGCUGUUCAGGCAGCACUUGCCAAGCACAAAGAGGAGAAGAUGGCACUGCCGAUGCCAACCAAGAGACGCUCAGCCUUUGUCCAGUCUCCCAUAGAUAACUGCACACCUCCAGGUAAGCUGGAUUUCUCACAUUCAGAGGGUUGCAGGUCUGGUGUUCCUCUGCCAAUGAUUAUCUUAGAUCCCAAGUAGGGAAAACAAAGUUAAACGUGUAAAUAUAUGCUUUUAUAUCUGUUAAAGAAAACAAGUUAAUAGUCUGUAUUUGAUCUUUGUCAGACACAUCUUCUGCAUCAGAGGAUGAAGGUUCACUUCGCAGAAAGGCGGCCCUCAGCGCAGUGCUGGCCCAGACCCUGCAGAGCCCUGAUUACUGGAUCAACCGUUCCGUCCAAAGUUCCUCCACGUCCUCGUCAGCUUCCUCAACCCUCUCCCAUGGAGAGCCCAAGACCCAGCCUCAGCCGCAGCCCCAGCCUUCACCUGCUGUCUCUGUGCUAGCUGACGUUCUGGCCCACACCCGUAUAGGUAAACCUCGCUGAUCAGUAUCCGUGUUAUGGAACUGGAGCUCAUGACUGGAACAAAACUGUCAUGGAUGGCUGUUGUUGACACAUGUGGUGCUCGAUCUUUAUUCUCCUCUAGAGAACAGCGUUCCUCCAGAUGUGACGUCCUCCACCCCCCAGGAGCGAGGGUCCAGAGUGGAUCUGCCUCCAGCAGUCAGGGGCAUGAGCCGUGGACAGAGCCGCUCCAGCAUGCUUGAUACUGCAGACGGUACAGUCACACAAACCAAGACAGUUUUAGUGAAUUUUGAUGGCGUUUGUGAAUUUAUAGGGGUGUAAUCAUGUUUGUUUUCUGUCCCUGGAAUAAGUUUCUGAUUUCUGGUUGUCUUGGUGUUCUUUGGAAUCAGUGGGUUAAUCAUGUGCAUGUUUUAGUCAUGACUGACGUUGUGUGUUUUUACUUAGACGGUGAUGAUUUGAGUGCUCUCGAAUCAAUAAACAACAUGCCCACAUUCAACCAGAAUCAUCAUCCUCAACAUCACUCUCAUAUCACUGUGUGGUGAAUGCUGCUAACGACAGAUAUUUUGUGUUCUUUCUUUUGGGUCCAUUAAUCCUGUCCCUGUCUUGCCUUUCAUUUAAAAAAGGAAAAAGAAAAGGUAAUCAAAAUCAAAACCUGGGAAGGGGAGGGAUGCUGAAGAAACCCAAAUCAGCUUGCUUUCCAAUCUGGAGUCUGUUCUUUCCCUCUUCCUAUAUUGUCUGGUGUUAGAGGUUUAGUCGUAGAAAACCUCCUAUUUGUUUUCCUAAAGAUUGUCCCAUUUGUCCGUUUCUGAUGGAGUACCCCUUUGAAUCUUUCCUGCUGCUGAUCUAGUUCCUGAAUGUGUGCUAGUGCGUAGGGUUGUGCCUGUGCGAGCGUGUGCGAUGAAGUAGAGGUUCGUGUUAGAAUAGAGCUGCAUGUGUGGGUGUGUGAGUGUUGUCGUGGUUGUUUGUUUGCUUGUGUUUGUGGUGGUGACUGUUCUUGAUGUUUUUCCAGGCGUGCCUGUCAGCAGUAGGGUUUCCACCAAGAUCCAGCAGCUGUUAAACACACUCAAACGGCCCAAGAGACCACCACUUAGCGAGUUUUUUGUUGAUGACUCAGAAGAAAUUGUAGAAGGUGAGAAACAUCAACCACCCAUCCAUUCAGAUUUUGUUUUUCCUUCCCUUUUAUGUGAAAUAAUCACAGGUGUAGGCCUUGGGAACAUCUUAAGACAAGAGUUAAACCAUCUUACACAGUCUGUUAAACAAACUUACACUUUGAUGUAGAGGUUCUUAGACAUAUUUCAGACAACUUUCUUAUCAUUUUUUGUCGUCUGAGGCUUUUUUAAGCACUUUCACAGUCAUUGAAAUGGGAAAUAUACCUGGAAAAUUCUUUUUUAUGAACAAUUAUUUUAGCUGAACUGAAAGAAAAUGUCUAAAACUAGUCGAUCUACAGUUUUGCUACAUGCAGAGAGCCACUGUUAUAAAGUGAACCACAUUGAUUGUGCAUUAGUGAAGCAUUGAAAUCCUCUCAGCUCAUGACGUUCUUUCUCACUUUUAUCACAUUUUCUUUGCUUCACUCACCUCUGUUCAAAACUACGAUCACAUUUCAACGUAUCGGUUGCUUUGUCAGCAACACUUUAAUAACGUUGUUGUCCAUAGCUCUUUCACAUCAUCUGUCUCUCCUCUGUCCAGUUCCCCAGCCAGACCCCAACACCCCAAAGCCAGAGGGACGUCAGAUCAUCCCAGUGAAGGGGGAGCCUCUUGGAGUGGUCAGUAACUGGCCCCCGGCCCUGCAGGCUGCACUGGCACGCUGGGGGGCGACCCAGGCUAAAAGCCCAGCUCUUACUGCGCUGGAUAUUACUGGCAAACCCCUUUAUACACUCACAUAUGGUGAGCAGGUCCUACACUAAUGGAAGUGUUUAUGUAGAUGGAAAAAAGUGGGAUUUUUAACAUUUUUACGUUUCCAAUACUUCGUUGGUUAUUGUUUCCUUCACUUGUAAAUAGAAGAUUCACCUCGUGCAUUUAAGGUGAUUCAGCUGAAUAGAGUAUUUGCUACUCAGUAUUGUAGUAGGUUAUGGUGUUCAACUGUCCUGGUAUAUUUAUACAACAGUGAGAAAUGGUAAGCAAACAGUAAACAGGACAUUGAAUAAUUUUUCCUCAUUUUUGUUGACAGGCAAACUAUGGAGUCGAAGUCUUAAACUAGCCUACACACUUCUGAAUAAACUGGGCACCAAAACCGAGCCUGUCCUACAACCUGGAGAUCGGGUAAGGGGCUGCUGGUCUCAAAUCAGUCUGUGUGGAUAAGUAUGGUGUAAAAUAACAUGACACGGAUGGUAUGUUUUGUUCAACUCCUCAGGUGGCUCUGGUGUACCCAAACAGUGACCCCGGUAUGUUCUGGGUGGCUUUCUAUGGCUGCCUGUUAGCUGAAGUCAUCCCCGUGCCCAUUGAGGUUCCACUGUCACGACAGGUAAUGAUGUCACUGUUGGCUAGUAAAUGUCAUUGUGGUGAUCAGUGAAAUAUGCAUCAUCACAAAAGCAAAACUCCCAGUCAAAUCAAGAAUAUUUUGACAACAACAGGAUAAGACUAGUUUUUAUUUUCACGCUGGCCUCUACUCGGGUGUCAGAAGGCUCUUGACCCUUGUUUUUUUCCGUAGGAUGCAGGCAGCCAGCAAAUUGGCUUCCUAUUGGGCAGCUGUGGUGUAAGUCUGGCCCUGACCAGCGAGGUGUGUCUCAAAGGGCUGCCCAAGACGCCAAACGGAGAGAUCAUCCAGUUCAAAGGUCAGUGAGGAGCUGAUCAAGUGCUGUUUACUCUGCAGAAUUCAUCUCCAACUAGGUCUCUUAAUGAGUAACUAGAUGAACUCAUUAAAGUAGAUAUACACCUCAAUGAGUAUUCUCUGGACAAUUUUAGGCCUCAUUGUUUGAAGCUGUUAUGUUGUAAAGGAUUAACUCAAUAUAAUGUCUGUCAUUUUAGCGUGGGUUUAAUUUACUGUGCCCAAACACAUGUUCUCUAUGUGUCAGUUUCUUUGUGUCAGUUUCAAUAUUUGAAUGUUUUUCUGUGUUGUUGUGUUUUAUUUACCAGGAUGGCCGAGGAUGAAAUGGGUUGUGACGGACACAAAGUAUCUGACCAAACCAUCCAAAGACUGGCAACCUCAUAUACCCACUGCCAACACAGACACAGCCUACAUAGAGGUAUGUGAAAUCACUCACCUGGUGUCACCAGACCAAUUCACUUGCAAAUGAAAAUAAAUAUAAGUAGGCUGAUGAAUCUGAAAACACAAGGCUAUGAAACCACGUGCCAAGCUUAUCUACUUUAGUUACAAAAACAACUGAUCAGCUGAUCUUACAUAAACGAGCAAAAGAUGUAGUCCUUCAUUUUGUUGCAGUAUUUGACCUUUUACUUCUAAAGUCAAAAGGUAUGGCUCGUACUCAGAUACCUGCUCACUGAGCCAUGUCAGCACUGCACUACAAGUGUGAAACAUCCUGCAUGACUUUAAAAAAUAAUUAAUGAUAUCCCGGAGUAAAUUUAAGUUAGGGUCAAACACACUGUAACACCGAGUUAGACACCCCCUCGAGAGAUGAAUGUUGCUGACUAUUUGCUUCUUUAGUUAUACCAACUUUUGCAACGAUCGCAUGAUAGCAAUACACAGCGGUCUAUGGAUCUAUGGAUGAUUAUUACUUCAAGGAACUGAUUCGCUGCACUCUGUGAUUGACUUGUCAGGGCUCCCCCCCACAAACAUGCGGCUGCUAGAGCAGAGUUAGGGUGUGUUUGACCAUAACUAAAAUUUAUGCAGGAAUAUCCCUUUAAUAGUUGUACUGUUGGUACUAUUUUUGUUUUAUUUUCUACUUUCAUCCUAGUAUACCUGGUUUGUUAUUACAUGCUUUGUGAAAAGAGGAUUGUUGAAGUGCUUUAAAGGGACUUGACACAUGUGUGAUGACUGACAAGUAUUUCUAUCACUCUGAUGUUUGUGUGUGUGUGCACAUUUGUGUGUUUCUCUCUCACUACAGUACAAAGCGAGUAAGGAGGGGACAGUGAUGGGAGUCGCUGUGUCCAAGAUCUCGAUGCUGACUCACUGUCAGGCCCUGUCACAGGCCUGUAACUACUGUGAAGGUCAGAACUAACUUUUUUUUAAUAACUCACUUCACUCUCUCCUACACUAGAUAUCUUUAUUUUUGUCAAGGUGAGGUGUUUAAGAGUUAGAAACUGUGCAUUCGAAACGAUUUUUGGAAAUUUCACAGCUCAGCUCUUAAGCUCUUCAGCAGAAUGUCAUUAUCAGCAUGCCUCAAAUUUAUUUUCAUCCUCUCCGGCUCAAGAAGAGAGACACCUCAGGAGAGAUAAGCUGAGGAUCAAAUAGAGAGGGAAAACACACACUAAUGGACCAUAAAAUUACAUUUCCUGUGGUACAUUUCAUGGUUUGCUUGUGAUCACUCAUACUUUACUCACUGUGUUUUCUGUUUCAGGGGAGACGCUGGUCAAUGUGUUGGACUGCAAAAAAGACAUGGGCAUGUGGCACGGUGUACUAACGGUGAGACAAGACUUAUUAUUGCAUAUCCACACAAAUCAAAGUUUUUGCUGGUGUAUGAAGCACAACAUGGCGCUGACAAUGUGCUCUGAUUUUCUUUUCACAGAGUGUCAUGAACAGGAUCCACACCAUCACAGUGCCGUAUGCUGUCAUGAAAGCCUGCCCCAUGUCCUGGGUUCAGAGGGUCCACAUACAUAAAGGUUCAGCCAUCUUCUCUUAUGUUCCAUUUUUGUAAACUUAAUUGUUUUAUUUUUAUUUUAAGUACAUGUGUCUAACUGGUAGUAGAAAUAUGAAGCUCAAAGGGGGAAAAAAGAAACAAACACUUAAUACAAAAUACCGUGUAGAACUAGGGCUGCAAGAGUUGAUGCAUUCAUCCCAAGGCAGUCAAGUUCCAAAAAUUAGCAUGUUAAUUCAUUUUUAAUUGUGGGCCCUUUUGUCCCUCAUAGCACACCAUAAUUAAGCUGCCACCAUGAUGGAAAAUAACAACACCACGCUGCUUCUGAAUGGCACAUUUCACUUUUGUAAUCCCCUCGACAGCUCAGUUGACAAGUUAAAUGUAAUAUGCACAUUGUUUCAAACAGAAUUAGAAAAUCACUCUGAGUUUGAACUGCCACCUAUGAGCGACAGAUGCAGCUCAUACUGAUGACUGAUGUCUGAGGGAAAGCACAUCACAAAAGCCAGCAGAGCACUGUUUUGAGGAUGCAAAUUACCACAGACCUGUGCAUCAAACUAGAUCAGAGAUGUUAACAGCGCAUACUUAAUAGCCGACUGCAGUCCAGUCAUCCUCAGGUUGGCAUGUUGUUGUAUGUCCUGCAGUAUAGGGAACUAUAGUUUCACACGUAUAGGACAUGUUCGAAACAGAGAAAGCAACAAAACUGGAACCUGAAAAGUGCAAAUGCUGUUGCAUUAACUCAGGAUCAUUUAGUAAUUACAAAACCUAUCCAAAGAACUAUACACCCCAUUAAUACUUCCUGGACAAUUUGUACCUCCAUCACUGCUUACUCCUUCAAAUGAACACGAUUUCACAGAAUGAGCACUUUGAAAAUGUGAAUGUCAUUAUUUUAGGCCACACCAGUGCAGCACUUUAGAAUUUAUUCAAAUAAUAAAUCUAAAAGUACACUUCAUUGUACUCUUACACUGGUAAGAGUUGCUUUAUAUUGUUGCUCUGAAAAUGUUUUAAAUCACAAAAGAAUAGAAUUAAAGAUGUAAUUGAAAAUGUGGUUAAUCACAGUGAAAUACGAAAACACAGCUUUAAAUCACAGUUGAAAAAAGUUGAGUGUUUGACAGCCCUAUACAACAUAUUCCUCUUCUCCUCUUACAGCACGUGUGGCCUUGGUGAAGUGCCGAGACCUCCACUGGGCCAUGAUGGCUCACAAAGACCAGAGGGAUAUCAACCUGUCCUCCAUACGUAUGCUUAUUGUGGCUGACGGGGCAAACCCAUGUGAGUUACCUUUAUGCGAAAACAGUCUUUUUGCAGCAGAGAAGUUUGAGUAUACAGAUGUUGUAAGAUGAUCUCUUUUCUGCUUUCUACCAUGUUUUUCUCCCUUUACCUUUUCAUCCAGGGUCUGUAUCAUCCUGUGAUGCCUUCCUGAAUGUGUUCCAGUCUCAUGGUCUAAAGCCUGAGGUGAUCUGCCCAUGUGCCACGUCUCCUGAGGCCCUCACUGUGGCCAUACGCAGGUAACACAUCCAGACACUCACAUGUUCCAGGAAAAGACGCCUAGAUAGAAAAUUGGUGCCGUUUCACCUCCCACAGAAGGCUCUAGAAAAAGUACUUCCCAUUAACAAUCAAGUUCUCUACUGCUUGUCUUUUCUGUCCUAUGCAGGCCUGGUGCUCGAGGAGCUCCACUACCAGCCAGAGCCAUCCUGUCCAUGGGCGGGCUGAGCCAUGGAGUGAUCAGGGUCAACACAGAGGACAAGAACUCAGCUCUCACUGUUCAGGAUGUGGGCCACAUUAUGCCUGGAGGUACGCCGUCUCAGCUGAGUUCAACCAGCAGACAUAUUUUUGUACUUUGGUUGACUUAAGCAUUAAUACUUCUGUGACAUUCUCGUGUGUUUCAGCGUUAAUGUGCAUCGUGAAACCAGAGGGGCCUCCUCAGCUGUGCAAAACAGACGAAAUAGGAGAGAUUGUGAUCAAUUCACGGGCUGGAGGCACCAUGUACUACGGCCUUCCUGGAGUCACCAAGAACACAUUUGAGGUGGGUCAUCUGCUAAAGUUCAGAUGUCAACUCACUCACAUCUGUUCUGCACACACUAAUCUCUUGGUAUAGGCGACUCUCUGCUCUCCUGUCAUGAAUUAAAUUUACAUUGGGGUCAGCUAAGGUCUAUCCUCUACUCCUCACACAAAAGCAGCUCCAGAAAAUGGAUGAUUGGAAAGAAGCGCAUCUUUGUCAUCCACUAGAUGGAGUUGCUUCAUUCCAGUAUUUUUCCAUUUUACAUAUUUUCCCAUUUUCUGCAGAAAAGCUUUAAAAGAUCCUUGUGAAUGUUUUGUUCUGAUCUGCAGGUGAUUCCUGUCAACCAAGCUGGAGCACCCAUAGGAGAAAUCCCUUUCACUCGGACUGGUCUGCUUGGAUUUGUAGGACCGGUAAGGCCACAAACACAGAAAAAAAAAAAAAAGGAUUAAACUAGCCUGGAGAUUUUUUGCUCAGCGCACUGUUUGUUCCACAGGGCAGUCUGGUGUUUGUUGUGGGGAAGAAUGAGGGACUGCUGGUGGUGAGUGGACGUAGGCACAACGCAGACGACCUGGUAGCCACGGCGCUGGCGGUGGAGCCUGUCAAAACAGUUUACAGGGGGAGGUGAGACACUGACAGCUCCUCAUGACCCUGUGUUUUUAUGACUCUUGCUCUUGCUGUGUGUUUUUAUGAAUUGUGUGGGUUCUGAUCUCUAUUUGUUGUCAUUCAUGCAGGAUCGCUGUGUUCUCAGUGACAGUGUUUUAUGAUGAAAGGAUUGUGAUCGUGGCAGAACAGAGGCCUGACGCCAGUGAGGAGGACAGCUUCCAGUGGAUGAGUCGAGUUCUACAAGUAAAUCAAAAAUAUCGUCUUACAAAAUAUUUAUAUUUGAUCCCGUUUUCUCUUGGUUCCUUGCUUGAACACUCGGCAACCUUUUCCCUGAAAGACACAAACAAAUAUAACCAUCUCUUUAGGCCAUCGACAGCAUCCAUCAGGUUGGUCUGUAUUGCCUGGCUUUGGUCCCCGCCAAUACUCUCCCAAAAACGCCUCUUGGAGGGAUCCACAUCUGUGAAACCAAGCAGAACUUUCUAGAGGGAAACCUGCACCCCUGUAACAUCCUCAUGUGCCCACAUACCUGUGUGACGAACCUGCCCAAACCUCGCCAGAAACAGCCAGGUAACCUCUAACCACAUUUUCUGAUGUUGUUGAUAGGGCUGGGCGAUAAAACAAUAAUGAUAUAUAUCAAAAAUUAAUUUUCCUCAAUAUUGAUAUAAAACAUGGUCAGUAUCCUUUUCGAUAGUCGGCAUUCUGACAUGUUUUGGUAGACUUCACGAAUAGUCAAUGAGAGGGGGAGUUGCUCUGGGUCGCCUGCUCUGAACCAAUCAUAUGCUGAAUUAGAACCGAGUAGCAAACAACUGCGUAGUAGCAGGCUGCAGCUACACGCAACCAUAGCACUUUAAUGCAUGAAGCCAACAGCACUGUCAGUGAGAGAAAAGAAAAUGAGAGCAACCCCCAGCAGAAAUGCAGAUGAAGGCUCAACAGAUGACGUCGUGGUGUGGAGGGUUUUUUCUUUUCUUUUAUUUUUCUUUUUUUUGAGGUCGGACAUGAAGCUGAGUUGAGUACAUGUUAAAUUUCAUUUAAGAGUAACAGGGAACAUUUAAGAUUGAAAAGUGAUUUUUUAUAUCAUGAUACAUAUUCACUGACAUGAAAAAAAUAUAUUGUGAUAAACUUUUUCCCAUACCGCCCGGCCCUAGUUGUUGAUAUCUAUUAUACUAUUAGUUAUUUUUUGUUUUAUGCCCUCAUGGCUCUCAACAUCUUUUUUCCAUUCAGUGGACGUCGGCCCAGCUUCCAUGCUGGUGGGAAACUUGGUGGCAGGGAAGCGAAUUGCCCAGGCUACAGGGAGAGAGCUGGGCGUGGUGGAGGACCAAGAUUUGAUCAGAAAGGUACAGUUUGCCACACAGACACAAAGAUGAUUCAAGAUAUAAUCAGAGGCCUAGUGAAGGAUGUAAACAUGCACAACUAUUUCUUAUUGAGCCGGUUUAUACAAAACCAUCUGCUUGUCAGACCAGGUUAAACACAGAGGUAAUACAGAAUACUCUCUAUUGUUGUACUUAUGAUUGUUAUUCAGUCUGAUACUGCUGCAGUUCUUAGUCUCUUUGUGUAAGACUGUUUUUAAUCUGUUGAUUGAUGACUGGAACAUUUUAGUAUAAAAAACUGAUGAACUGUAGAAAUGUAAAAUAUGUGAUGGUCUCAGAUUGUUGGAUGUUUGAGAGAGCAAUAUAAUUUAUCUCAACACCAGUAUAUCUUUGCUACUAUUGGUCAGAAAACAAGAAAUUUGAUGACAUAAAAUUAAAAAGAAAGUAAACUAACCACAACUUAUUUAGAAUAAUAAUCUAUGAUUUCUUUUGGACCGAUGCAUAGUUCUGAAAUAAUCUGAAGUUCGAUUCGACUCUGUCACCCUGUCCCUAUCAGCUGGAACAGAUGCUAAUAUGGAAAUCUCUGUUAUUGUCCUGCCUUUACUUUGCUUGAGUUGGGCUUUAGCUCUGUAUGUGGCCCACCAUGAUGGUAAGGCUCAAGCCGGCCUAACCCGUCUUUGCUUCUGCUGCUCUGUCAGUCAGAUGUGCUUCUGCAAGCGUGUUAGUCUGGUAUCCAAAUGCAACAGCUUUUGCGCGACACACAGAGAGGACUGCCCAGGCUGGGAGCUUGGCCAGCAGGGGUCAGCACACGUAAACUAGUCCACUGUCAUAUUUUAUAGUUCAUGGCAUCCUUUAAGAUGAGAGUUAGUAAGCAGCUAACUAGCUUUGCCAAAACAAGUGAUUUAAUGAAGUUCUCACUCAGUGGAUGAACAUUUUACUCUUUUUUAAAUAAAGGGAUUAAAGUGUAAACUUCAAGCACAGGACUGUUAACAGUCAUGAAUUCUGACUGUUUACAUUCAGUGAUUACAUUGUGAUCCACAAUGUAAUCCCAGUGCUGAUAUCUUUUCAAGCCUCAGAAUAAAAGUAGAAAUGAGGAACAUUUUGGUGUGCACCUCUGCUCGCUGUGUUUACUUUGAUGCUCCCAUGUGAAGCAUGGCUUGAUGAGUGGUCGAGAUAGCCAGUGUGCAUGAUAUGACUGUCGACCUGUUGUCUGACUAAUUGAAGCUCCCAACGUUGACUUUUAUACGGUUGGCUUUUUGAUAUACAUGUCUAUUCUUAUUUUUUGUCUCAGUACUUCUUCUGUCUCUUUUUAUGUGUUGCCUUACGCUCACUUGGCUUCUGCCGUUAAAGGAAAUCUUUACUUUCCUGUCUUGUCUUUCUUUAUUCCUGUAAACCAUUCCUUUCCCUGUGUGUCAACACAGCUGAUCAAAAGGCUUGAGAUACAUUGAUAGUUGCCCGUGCCUUUACUUUUAAAAAUAUGAAGUGUGUUGUUCCUUUCAAAAAUAUUCAAAUAAACUUGAACUAUUUUGGACUGAAAGCGGCUCUGUCAUAGCUCUAGAUAAUUUCAGCCUCUUGUUUAAACGGGUAAUAGCUUGAUAGGUUGGACAGUGACAUAAACUGCCUUCCACUAGGUGCAGAUGGUCCCAGUGUGACUUUUGCACAGGGCUAAAGUUGUCUCUGGAGUUUUCCACUUGUCUGCUCGUGUGUCUCUGUGUCAGAGCUCAAAGGCUGCACAGAUUCUCUGUGAGGUUCCUGAAAUGGUUUCCUGUUUUCUGUCCCAAAUAGUGUGUUUGAAAUGAACAAAUAUCUCUAGUCACUGAGAUGAGUGUUUAUUUUGGCCAGUGGAUGAAACAUAAUGUGCACUUCUUUUGACUGUAAGGCUUUGAGUUUCUACCUGCUGUCCUUCAUAUUUAUCUGUUUACUGCUGUGGCAGCUUUUUCUUUUUUUUCAAUCAAUUGAACACAUGUUCAAAGUUUUUCCACCAUUAAUGUCCAUAUGACAAAACCCUCUCUUCAACAGCACCAGUUCCUGUCUGAGGCUCUGCAGUUUAGAGCUCAAACCGACCCAGACCAUGUCCUCUAUGUACUGCUCAAUGCUAAGGUAGAAUAUACACUCAAAGUUUGACUUCAUGAAUAUGUUGAUGGUAAAAAGAGUGUGUCAUUAAGGGAUACUGUCAUAAACCAUAGUUACCUAUCUGGUCAGGUGUGAGUUCAGCUGUGUUUCCUCUCUCCUGUAGGGCGUGGCAGUGUGCACAGCCACAUGUUCUCAACUGCACAAGAGAGCAGAGAAAAUCACAGCAACUCUGAUGGAGAGAGGUGGCCUCAACACAGGGGACAAUGUGGUGCUGCUUUAUCCCCCAGGUAAACACAGACAUACAGCAUACAAAUCAAACAUCAGUCAUUGUCGUCCCCUUAUUUCUGAUUAGAAGAUUCCUGUUUUUUUAUUUUCCUGCAUGACACUUCAUAAGGUCUCUCUCUAUCUCUCUUGUGUCUCUCCCUUUUUUCUCUCUCUCUCUCUCAUUUUAUUCUUGCAGGUAUUGACCUGAUAGCUGCCUUCUACGGCUGCCUCUAUGCAGGGGUCAUCCCUGUGACCGUGAGGCCACCUCACCCACAGAACCUGGCCGCUACCCUCCCCACUGUUCGCAUGAUCAUCGAUGUGAGUGUGUCUUUAAAAUAAAAGAUAACCCUCUGACAAACAGCUGAGCAAAUUCUAUUACUUAAUGGGUGUCAGUCAAACCUUACCUCAUAUUUUGUAUGGUAAUGUACAAAUGUAACUUGGGUUACACUUGAACUGACUGUUCUGCUACUGAUCCUUAUAGCCGAAGCAAAUGAAAAAACUACCAUUAACAAACAUCUGUUUCUGAGCUGCACCUCAGUGAGACAGAGUUUAUCGUGUUUUCUGCCCAUCAAAUCACUAUUUUCAUCUUUUUAGGUGAGCAAAGCAGCCUGCAUCCUCACCACUCAACCUCUCAUGAGGAUCCUCAGGUCCAGGGAGGCUGCUGCCAGCGUCAAUGUCAAGACCUGGCCCACCAUCAUAGAUACGGGUUUGUUUGUUUACUUGAUGGCCUUCAUGACACAUAGAUAUGCAAAAAUACUUGAGACUCGAGUGUUUUUUUUUUUUUUUUGGGUGACAAACUGUCUCUUUUGCUUUAACCCAUUGUUGAAACUAACAUGACUACUCUUUGUAGUCUUGAAUACUUAGAUUACCUAACAUUUCCUUUAGAAAAGGAGCCUUUAAAUAAAAUUGUAUGUAGCGUUGAAUUAAAACCACACUUAAAGCUUUUUAAAUGUGUAGUAAACCUCCUUCAAUUUACAUCCUCUCAUUGAAAAAAUUAAGACAGAUAUGUUUAAGUUUAUCUUGUAUUUUGCUGUACAAGAAAAAAACUGACAUCUUUCUUCUCACAGAUGAUCUCCCCAGAAAGCGGCCUCCACACAUCUACAAACCCCCUACAGCUGAGAUGCUGGCUUAUCUGGACUUCAGUGUGUCCACCACAGGCAUGCUGACUGGAGUCAAGGUAAAACACUCUCAGCACUCAAUUAUACAAAGGAGCAAUCAUAAAUGUUAUAAUUGAAAUGUCGUACAUUGAAACAAGGUUUAUGUUUUACCUAUCUCAAACAUUGUACUAGAAAUGAGAGUUCAGAGUCUGUCUGAUGAGAGCAGGAUUCCACCUUUUUAGAGAGUCUCAAGGAAUAAGUUCUUCUUUCUUCAUCUGGAAAAUGUCCCAGACCACCCCAAUCCACAUAUUAUAAAUUGCAGGAUCAGGUUUUAACCCCUUAAUUGUGACGGAUUUAAUUGCAGCUGUUGUUAAUCUGUAAGAGAUACUUUCUAGCUUUGCAGUAAGGCCACUCUUGGAUUUCUUUUAAGAUUAUGAUGAAAUACUGUCUUAAGAGCUUCAAAAACCUCCUCCCAAAAUGUUCUUGGUUUGGUACAUGCCCAGAGUGUGUGGGUACGGUUAGCAACUUGUGCACCACAAUUUCUCCAGCAUCUAUUUGAAUACAUUAAGCCCAUUUUGGCCACUAUUUUUGGUGUUGGAAUAAUUCUCAUUUUAACCUUCCGUUCAAAGUCCUUCCUUGUAUUUGAGUUGCAUAUAUCCUCCCGUUUCUCCUCUCAUAUGUGUGUUCAUUUCAGUUUUCCAUCUCCUUUUUACCAACAGCUAUUUUUUAAAUUAAAGAUGUGUAUGUAAAUGUCAGUAUUUCAAUUUGACAGCAGCCUUUACAGUAAAGAGGAUCAGUAAAGCUUAAACCUGAUCUAGAUUAAUGAACAUGUAAAAGGACUAAAUGCACAGUAUUUCAUUUGUUUUAUAGUCAUGCUGUUUAAUAAUCACACCCAUGAUUCAUUUUUUAAGGUACAGAUAUAACUGUCAAGGCUUUUGGGGUGAAUGUCCAUUUUUGAAUUUUUAGCCAGAGAUUUGAUGAGUAAUUCUGAGGGUGGCAGAAAAUGUAAAAAAGUCGGCGUAGGCGAGUGAUAAUGCAGACGUAGAUCAACAUCGCUCAGUGAGAUUAGCAUGUAAAAUGAUGCCUGAAAAAGCGAGUUUGCUCACACUGCGAAGGUCUGAUAAAAGCACACAGCGUUUGUUUUAGAGUUUCUACCUGUUUUCUCUCAGAUGUCUCAUGCUGCAAUCAGUACUCUGUGCCGGUCCAUCAAGCUGCAGUGUGAGCUCUACUCUUCACGCCAAAUAGCCAUCUGCCUGGACCCAUACUGUGGCCUGGGCUUCGUCCUGUGGUGCCUCUCCAGGUAGCAAAAGCACUAAAUAUGUAUCACACAACCUUUCCUUUAAAACGAUGCAUUGUUGAUGCGUUACCUGUCUUCUUUUUUUUGUGUGUGAUUCUGCAGCGUUUACUCAGGUCACCAGUCCAUCCUUAUCCCUCCCCUGGAGCUGGAGUGCUCGCUGCCUCUGUGGCUGAGUACGCUCAGUCAGUACAAGAUCAGAGAUACCUUCUGCUCCUACUCGGUCAUGGAGCUCUGCACCAAAGGCCUGGGCACCCAGACAGAGAUCCUGAAGGUCAGCAUCACACCCAAACGCUCUUAAAAUAAAACUGCUGCAUUUGUUUUCAACACAGUAACACUCCACUAGUGUAAAACUCACAGGCGUGUACAUUUCACCGCUUUAAGAAAAGAUGCAGGUGUGGAAAGCAUUUUAAGACAUUUCCUGAAAAGUGUUUCUUUGUGGUUAGGGUCUAAUUUUGGUGGUAUUUGGGGUAAAAAUACCACAAUGCUGAGUUCUUGUUCGUAAAAGCCUCAGUCUAAGCUUCGUGGUUUCUAGUGUCAGUAACUCUUUGCUGUGUGUCUCCAGGCACGAGGACUGAAUCUGUCGUGUGUGCGUAGCUGCGUGGUGAUAGCAGAGGAGCGUCCUCGCCUCGCUCUCACGCAGUCCUUCUCCAAGCUCUUUAAAGAUCUGGGCUUGUCACCACGCGCUGUCAGCACUGCCUUUGGCUCCAGAGUCAACCUGGCUAUCUGCCUACAGGUCAGUUGUACACAGACAAACCCUCCCGUACUGGCUUUUGCUGUUGUCUGUUAGCAUACACAUAUCUUUAUUUUGAAUUUUGAAACUUUGUUACUUUUCACCAGAAUUGUUUUACGAUUUAACUCAAUUGGUAAUCAUUUUUUAAAAACAGUGAAUAAUGAAUGAAAGUCUGAAUGUGCCCUAAAGCUCCAGCUUUUCUUAAUCUCUGUCAGGGCACUGCUGGUCCAGACCCCUCCACUGUCUAUGUAGACAUGAAGUCUCUGCGGCACGACAGGUAAGAAUGGAAACAACGGUGGGCAUGGUCAAUGGUGUGUUAACCGUGGAACAGAAUAUUUAAUAUGCUGUAUUUUGCUCCUGUUCAUCAGGGUGAGGCUGGUGGAACGAGGAGCACCACAGAGUCUUCCUCUCAUGGAGUCAGGCACUGUAAGUCUUGAUCCCAGACUUGAAACACAUCAUUUAUGUCAUUCUAAUACUAGAGGAAGAGUGUGGAAAUAUUGAUAUUGAUAUUGUGCUGAAUGUAAGCACACAGCGAUACCCUGAGUUCAUUGUAGUGAGUCUUUACUCUGGUGGCAUGAAUUGAAAGAGAGGCGAGAAUAAGUAUCUGAUAUCGUGACAAAAGUCAAGUCUCUAAUAAUACAUGAUGUCCUCAAAGAUCCUUCCAGGAGUCAGGGUCAUCAUCGUCAACCCAGAGACAAGAGGCCCGCUGGGAGACUCACAUUUAGGGGAGGUAAGUGGCGACGAGGAAAGCAGCAAAUAAAUCAGCUCUUUACAUUUUGAUCAGAUUAUUUUUUAAACGUUUCGCUCAGAUUGAAGAAAAUAUUUGUUUCUGCUCAGAUCUGGGUGAACAGCCCACACAGCGCCAGUGGCUACUAUACAAUCUACGGGGAAGAGAGCCUGCAGGCGGAUCAUUUCAACACCAGACUCAGCUUUGGGGACCCCCAAACUCUGUGGGCCAGGACAGGCUACCUGGGCUUCAUCAAAAGGACGGAGCUUCUGGAUGCAAGUGGAGGUGAAAGAACACAAAGGAUGAUGUCAGAGAUUUGUUGUGAGCUGACGCAUUGAAAGAGUUUAACAUAACUACUGUUGUUAUACGCACACAUUACAACAUGGACUUCAGAUUAAGUCCUGGAGAAUCUAUGAAGGUAAACCUGGUGGUUAAAAUAACCAAAGCAGUGAGAGCGUCAGAGGAUUUGCUCUCAGAGAUACAAUACAAGCAGAAAUGUCAAAUGAAUAGACAUGACAAACCUCCGUCUCUACAUAGACUCUCUCAUUACCCAGUGCUUAAUAAUAAAUGACUAUAAACCAUUACUAACUCCUGCUCUUUCUCCCAUAGAUCGUCAUGAUGCCUUGUUUGUUGUGGGCUCCCUGGAUGAAACAUUGGAGUUAAGGGGCCUACGCUAUCACCCCAUUGACAUUGAGACAUCUGUGUCCCGAGCCCACCGCAGCAUUGCAGAAAGGUGGGCUUCUUUGAUAAGAACUGGUGUUUUUUUAAAAAGUAUAUGAGGCAAGAUUACAUUUGUUUGAAGCACAAGUACAAAAAUGUGAAAAAUAGCCUCAGACAGAAUAGAAAAUUCAGAAACAGGUUUUUAGUAAACGAAACUUCAUGUUAUAUUCAGGGGUCUUUUCAGCUUCAGUGGAUCUAUAUUUUACAAAUGCAAUGACAGGGAAAGUACAGAUGUUUGUUAAAGUCAAACUGUAGUUUGAGUACAGCUAUUGGAGGUAUUUUGACCUCAUUAUUGACCCUUUACUGGAUUAAUUUUUAUUAAAGGCUAAAACACACAGGAUCCGUAUUGAGCGCAAAACGUCAGCAACGCGUAUCACGCAGCAAAUAGGUUGCCAGUCUAAUCAAUGCAGUAUCGCAUACAGGAGGCAUAUCAGCUCCGUCGCUCCAUAUCAGAAGCGUAUCAAGAGCAGCACUGCUAAAGAUACGCGUCAAGUGUAUUUUUGCUGCUCUACACUUCCAACAUGCGCCAAUCCAAGAGAAGAUCGUUCUAGACAGGAAGUCAUGCAUGAAAACCGCGCAUGUCAUCUGGUAUUUCAAAAUAAAACACCAUAUGGGGACUGUAUCAGUUUGUGUAGAUGAGAAAUACUUCCUGGUUAUGGAUUUAUCAGUAACACAGAACAGAACUGCUAACUCUGUCUGAAGGUAACAGCACAGCAUAAAGGAACAUAGAUUACUUUAUUAAACACGAGUAAACCUGCAAAAACAGAAACUGUAAAUUUAUGUUGCUUUUUCACAUAUAGUAGAGGCUCAACAGUCACUGAAUUAUAUCCAAAUUAGCAGGAAAUAGACCAUAAAAAGGCAAAACAACCUGUUGUGAGCAUGUUGUUUCCUCUAUACUGAGCCCAGCUGACCAGGGCUGCACUACGCUGCUGCUACCCUCCAAAUACGCAUCCUGUAUGUGUUAACCAAUGCUGCUCUAAGGAGCAAAUACAGAACGCGCUCAAUCCUGUAUGUUUUCGUCUUUACACACUCCCUGAGAGAUGGCCAUACCUUCUAGUUGACACGUGUGUGAUCUCUUCCUUCACAGUGCUGUGUUUACAUGGACCAACCUCCUGGUGGUGGUGGCAGAGCUGAGCGGCUCGGAGCAAGAGGCCUUGGACCUGGUUCCACUGGUGACCAACGUGGUCCUGGAGGAGCACCACCUCAUUGUCGGGGUGGUAGUCAUCGUGGACCCCGGGGUGAUUCCCAUCAACUCCAGAGGAGAGAAGCAGAGGAUGCACCUGCGGGACUCGUUCCUGGCAGACCAGCUGGACCCCAUCUACGUGGCCUACAAUAUGUGAUCGCCCUCUUUGAACUGAUGCAGAAACCUGGGCCAGGAUCUAAGGACAGACAUGAGGGAGAAGAGCACAGGGGUGCGUUCAGGAGCAGCUCCCCUGUGUAAACUUCAGACACGCGUUGAAAACACCAACAAUGCGGGGAAAACAAGUGCAGUGCUGUUACUGUGAUGAGACAUGCUCCUCUCUUAGAGACCGAUCCUUCUUAACUUCCACCUGCUCAAUCCCUGCAGAUCAGGAUCACUAGAUUACUAUGGAGGGGGAAGGGUACUUUCUCCCCUCUCUUUUAGAUCCAUUUAUCAGCCGGAGGAAAUAUGAUCUCCAUCCUCUCUGCGCAUCACUCCCUCAUAGCUCCAUGUCAUGUUUUUAAAGACAUUUUCAUAACAAACUCAAGUCAAAGAAAGAAAUUCCCUCUUCCAUUCCUUGAUUUCAUCCAUUCAUCUUUGUGCGCUUGUUAUUUCUGUUCUAACCCCCCCCCCCCCUCGUAUCUUGAAGACAUGAUAGUGCACUGGAACUGCUGAGGGGAGCUGGAACUUUCCCCUCUUGCACUUUAAGUCCUCGCACCUCUGAGUCCACUUCCUGUCUCGCCUGCCUCCAGGGGACAGCCACUCAUGUCGGCUGCUUUCACCUGAGCAAAUCCACAUCAGUAUUAAACGGUGCCACCGCAGAGAGCAGCCCACAAAGAGGCGAACCUGACGUAAUACAUCCCCAUUCAGUGCACCAGGUGGCUUUCACCUUCCAUCACAUACUGUACUGUACUCAGCAGCUGUACACAGGCUGUGGGUAAUCAAUGAGUCCCCAAAACAAACGUGUGAAUUAUUUUCAAUUUGGGAAAAGAAAGACUUAAAGAUGAUCAGUGUAGAGAGGAGUGGGACCAUAAGAUAGUUCUUCAAAUUGUGGAAUACUAAUAAAGUUUUUUAAAAGCAUCAAUUGACGGAUUUAGGUAUGCAGGCUAACUUGGUGUGCAGGUAAUAUGAACAUGAAGGCAAAAAGGAAGCAAAUGUAAGUUUUGAUUUGGUAACUUUACCUGACAAUGAAAAAAUCUCAACUUUAAGGUGUUCCUCCUCUUUUCUCCCAGAGCUUUAACCAUAUCACAUGGUCUACAUUAGCAGAUAGAGCUGAAUGUCAAACAUGUGAUGUUUACUGUACAAAAAAAAAACAUGGAUGAGAUUCAGUGACGUCUCCCACCGGGGUCUGGAGAAGUGUUGUGAAGUGCAAAGAUAUUGGAAACGUGGUCUACAGCCAAGUUCCAAUAAAACCAGAAACUAGCACCGGAGUGGAGUCAAGGGCCACUGCUUUGCCCUCUGGUAAACAGCACUCAAAUCAGCCGUGCCCCUUAGUGUGCCUCAUUGUGCAUAACUCCCAGCCACUAUAUCAAAGCAGAUGAGUUACAAAAAACCUGCCAUACAAGUAAAGAAAUUAGGAAUCAGGCUACAAACAUGUUCGGUUGUGCUCUAUGGAUGUUUUAUCAAGAGCUGUUGGAGCAAGCCUCAUGGACACUUCGGAAAGUGAAGUCCUUUUGCAUCACUGGAGGUCGCUUCUGAUCAUAUUAGGGGUCUAAAAGUUCAAACAUCCACAGCGCUACAGACUCUGUCUUUAAGGACAGUUUUAGUGAUGGGUUCACACUGAGUUGAGAUUUUUUUUUUAAGCAAGUGAUCAGUCUAUAAAGAAGCACGGAAAAGCAUCUUUCAUGUAUGUGAGCAGCUGAUUAGAUACAUGGAGAUCAUCAGAAGGCAGGACAGUGCCUUUUUUAGUACACCAUCCUCACAGUGAUGAUUAUGGACCGUGGAAUUUAUUACUACCAAAUAUCAAGAUAGAGGACAAAACUUUGCCUUACUAAACCUGUGGAACUUCAGUGCUUUUAAUGCAUAAUCUCUCAUCCCAAGCUGAUUGAAAAAUACACCACUUCUUACCACUGGAAUCAGCUGAAAACAUGCUCAUAUCAUAUUUUUUGAAGGAAGAGGGUCUGUUUUGUUUUGUUUUGUUUUUUUGCAAAGACUUGUGGUCAUGCCUUUCUCAUUUCAUCAUUACCAUUAAACCCAAUUCUUCCUGAAUGUCAAAAACAGUGGAAAAAAAAUGUAGGAAUGAAAAACAAUCAUUUAGCAACCCCUGGUUUGAAAAUGACAAAACCUCCUGCAAAAAAAGGAGGUUCUAAAAGAGGGUCUGGUUUUUGUCUGUAUACUGUAUUUUAGAGGUCAGAUACUGUAUUACUGGUGUUGAUGUGUACAUGGAUAUGAACUCUGUCCAUCAAAACUUGACUGAUCUUUCAUACUUGACAGCAUUUUUCUGCAUUGUUUAUUUAUCACAUCGCAAAAAGAGAAAAAGGUUUCCGAUUAUUUUGGCAGGAACAAUGUGCACUUUCCCAAUAUCAUUUUUUCUGUGUGUGUGAGAGCGUGUGUGUGAGUGUCAAGGUGAUAUUUGGCUUUUCUGGUGCAACAAAGUUUGUCUUUUGUAAGAAAAUGAUCCCAGAUUAUUAAAACAUUCUUUUUUAUUAUUUGUAUUUUUAUGUCGCCUCCACUGUAUUUGAAUCCUUUCCAUAAAAAUUUGGAAUCAGAUAUAUUUUAUAGGGAUUUCAUCUUUUUUUUUCUGAUGUAAACGUUCUUUAAAACUGCACAUUUCUUCUGCAAAACCUGGUUUGAUUUAGAAACAGCAUGUCAAUAAAUCACUGAUGACAUGCGAGAAGCCAGUAGGAAGCCAUGUGGGGCAGGUAAGAGUUCAUCCUAAAAAAACUAAGUGAAGCUUCUGAGCUACUGUGUGUGAUAUCUGCUUUGUUGCUUUUGUUUCACUCCGACAAGUUUGAAUAAAGUUUUAUAAUUUCAUGUUGGCCUUCAAGCCUUUUCAAUAGACAUUGGUGCUAUUUAAUAAGGAAAAGUUUGCAGACUUUUGACCUCCAAUGUCACAGAAACUUUCUUCCUGGACGCCCUUAUUGUGUGAAAAUAAAUAAAAUCUAUUCCCAUGCCAUCAUUUUAAACACCCAUUUCUACUUUUGGUUUUCCUUCAGUGGUUUUCAUCAUUUUCCAAUAUUUGAUGAAAACUCUCAUCAUGGACAAUCCCACCUCCCCUUUUCCAUAUUUAUUUCUGUCUUUUCAGUUGUCGUGUUGUGAGGAAUGACAAUACAUUUUAAACCUCCAAAGUUAUUCUAAGCACAAAAUGUAAACGACCAUGUGAGGUUAUAAAAAUUAGGAUCUAUAUCACACAAAUAAAAUCUCAAGGGCCCACAAUGUAUACCUCAACAACUGUCCGCUCACUAUGCAUUGUCAAGCUGCAGGAAAGACAUUCUGAACUAGUCAAUGGUGCGAUAACUUCUAACAACAUGUCUUACUUGACAAAAACACUGUCACACUGUCAUUGGAUGUGUUUCAUGUCAAAUAAAAAAGUCCUUUGUCAGAAAUUC